AUGGACCAGAACCUGUUUGGAGGGGCCCCCAGGUUCCUCACGCGGCCCAAGGCAUUCGCAGUGUGCGUGGGAAAGGAUGCCACCUUGAGCUGCACCAUCGUGGGCAACCCCACCCCACUGAUUACCUGGGAAAAGGAGAAGCUACGUCUGACCUCUGGGGGCCGUUUCAAGAUGGUGGAUGAUGGUGACGUCUACCGCCUCACCAUCUACGAUCUAACCCUGGAGGACAGCGGCCAGUACAUGUGCCGGGCCAAAAACAAUGUUGGGGAAGCAUAUGCAUGCGUAACCCUUCACGUAGGCCUUCCACAGGAGAUGGUGGCGAGGGCCCCCGUCUUUAUGGUCAAGCCUACCACCGCACGUGUAGGCCUGGGGGGUGACGUUGUCUUCCACUGCCGGGUUGCGGCUUACCCAGAGCCCAAAUUUGACUGGGAGAAGGACGGGCGUUACCUGGCCGAGACGAACCGCAUCAAGGUGACCUCGGACAGUGACAGCAGCUCUCUGAGGAUCCAGAGCGUGCGCAGCCUGGACAGCGGCACAUACACCUGCCGCGCCCAGAAUUCGGUAGGACGUUCUAACUCCGCUGCCGCCUUGGUCGUAGACACCCAGGACUCCCAUCACCUGGGCCAUGACAAGAGCACCUCCCUCCUCUCCCACCUGCAGAAGCGUAAAGAAGGGAUCUCCAUCUACUGCACCGCCGAGAACAGCAGCUCCACUUCCAACUCCACCACCACCUCCUCGACCGCCACCACUAUGGUCACAGACGGGCUGAGCCUUCUGGGUCUAGACCACAGCAGCGCAGCACUGGUCAGCCAUCUGCCCAAAGGCGUCUUCACCCGCACCUGCACGGUGACUGAAGGCAAGCACGCCAAACUCAGCUGCUUCGUGACGGGCCACCCCAAGCCUCAUAUCAUCUGGAGGAAGGAUGCGAGGAACAUCGGCGAGGGACGCAGACAGAUCAUGUAUGAGGACCAGGCCGAGAACUUCAUCCUCAAGAUCCUGUACUGCAAACAGAGGGACAAUGGCCUGUACACCUGUAACGCCUCCAAUAUGGCUGGACACACCUACAGUGCCGUGCUGGUGAUAGUUAAAGGUAAGCAAUAAAAAAACAAUACUUUUCACAAAUUUGAUAUAUUCUGUUAUGUUGGUAUUUCAAGAGCGAUGUUUGGUUUGAAUAUAAAUGAUGUAGAAUAGUGCAUUUACGCCAUGGAUUAUCAUUUCAAUUUCAUAGUGCAUCACAUCUAAGUCGUCUACAAAAUAAAAUGUUUAGCAUUAGUUUGUCCAUAUUCUGCCAUUACCAUACUCCCAAGUCUAGUUCAUCACUCGGCUGUUGAGGAAAAAGUGAGGGUAGUUUUUCUAUAACGUUUCCAUAACAAGGCAAAGGGAUUCAUGAUUAAGGGACAUGACAAUGCUUGUCAUGUGGGGAGAUGACCUUAGAUUAACUCUCUCUCAUUGCUCUAUAUGAAUUGCUGAUAAUGACCUAGUAUAUAAGUUAUACAUAUAACAUUUGUUAAAUAUAGCAAUGCAGGCCUGCAUAACAGUGGAGUUUGUCAUUCUUGUGAUGUUGUGGUCCCCCUGUACCCAGGCUUAUGUAUGUGAAAGCAUUGAUUUCAAAGAGUGUUUAAAGGUCCAAUGCAGCCAUUUUUACAUUUUUUACAUUUUACAUUUGAGUCAUUUAGCAGACGCUCUUAUCCAGAGCAAUUUAGUUAAUGGAUACAUUUUUUUUCUUUUUUUCCCGUACUGACUCAAUAUCAAAUAAUUUCUGGGUAACAGUUAAAUACCUUAUUGUGAUUGUUUUAAAUUAAAAUGGUCAUAAAGAAACAAAAAUAGCUUGUUAGCAAAGAGCAUUUCUCAAGCAAGAAUUUGACUAGGACUGUCUGGGAGUGGUCUGAGUGGGGAGGGUAAAAACAGAAAACUAGCUGUUAUUGGCAGAGAGGUUUUUAACUCUUUCUUAUUGGUCUAUUAACUCAUUUACCACAUGUUGAUGUCCAUGGCAAGGCCAUUACUCCAUUCCACCAAAACAGGCAGAAAUUUCAGGCGGUCUUUACAAACAGCUUUUACACUAAAAGGGCAUUAUCAUCAUUUUCACAAUACACAGUAUUAUUCGAACCUCAUAGUGUGGAAAUAUACUGUAUAUAAAACACAGGAAAAUCACAUUUUUGACUGCACUGGGCCUUUAAACAUGAUAGUGCAAGGAAUCUGACGAGGUUAACUGAGUGUGUGCUUUCCUUGAGAUAUCGGAGAAUGUCAUACAGUCAUGCUCUUUCUGAAAUUAGUCUCAACAAGUCUUUCCACACCACAAGAAUUAACCAAAGUGAGCUAAAACGUUCACCUGAGCACAGUUUUACUUUGCCCCAACAUAGACUUAAACUGUGCAACUAAGUGGUGGAAUGCUGGCAGCGAUAUGAAGGGGGAGUGUCAUGUUUCAUCUAUUUUCUGCUGGUGAUGAGUAGUUCACAGUUGCUAUGAUGGCCAUUAGGUGCCAGAGCAAAGGGUGAUUUUCCAUGAGCAACUCCUGAUUUGCUAGAAGCCUGGAGCAUGGAAAUGUAUCAAUGGUGGUUGUUAAUCUCUGUCUCAAUUUGACAGCGAGUGCAGUGCCCAUGGCAGUGCGUUUGGUUGCGUCUAGUUAUAAUUGAUGCCAGAUAAUGGAUACUUGAGAGGCUUUGCAGGGGAGAGGGACUGUAACCCUUUAUGUACCAGUGUUUCUAUUAACACCAGAUAAUUUGAUGACCCUCUGGUGCGCAAUAAGCACCUCUGGGAAAUGUCAUUAUAGAAACCUACUCAGUAGUCACAGUCCCAGCCAAACAUUCAAAACACAUUCAAAUGAUAUAUGGAAAGAUGAAAGCAGCACAUAAACGCUAACCCACAAUGUAAGUGAAUAUGGUUUACCCUCUGUUCCUUCUCAACUGUUGUCAAAGAGCAUAAGGCACUAUUUAACCUUUUACUGUAGUGGGCUAAACCAGGGUCACCCAGAGUGGUUCUUGGCAGUCUUAAACAAAUAUACCUUGAAACAAAAGUCUACACCUCACACACAUGGUUAUGGGCUUAAAACAGAGAAAACACCUGUACCAUGUCAGAUACAGUGCCUUGCAAAAGUAUUCAUCCCCCUUGGCGUUUUUCCUAUUUUGUUGCAUUACAACCUGUAAUUUAAAUGGAUAUUUUUUUGGAUUUCAUGUAAUGGACAUACACAAAAUAGUCAAAAUUGUUGAAGUGAAAUGAAAAAAAUAACUUGUUUCAAAAAUUCUACAAAAUAAAUAACGGAAGAGUGGUGCGUGCAUAUGUAUUCACCCCCUUUGCUAUGAAGCCCCUAAAUAAGAUCUGGUGCAACCAAUUACCUUCAGAAGUCACAUAAUUAGUUAAAUAAAGUCCACCUGUGUGCAAUCCAAGUGUCACAUGAUCUGUCACAUGAUCUCAGUAUAUAUAUACCUGUUCUGAAAGGCCCAAGAGUCUGCAACACCACUAAGCAAGGGGCACCACCAAGCAAGUGGCACCAUGAAGACCAAGGAGCUCUCCAAACAGGUCAGGGACAAAGUGGUGGAGAAGUACAGAUCAGGGUUGGGUUAUAAAAAAAUAUCAGAAACUUUGAACAUCCCACGGAGCACCAUUAAAUCCAGUAUUAAAAAAUGGAAAGAAUAUGGCACCACAACAAACAUGCCAAGAGAGGGCCGCCCACCAAAACUCACGGACCAGGCAAGGAGGGCAUUAAUCAGAGAUGCAACAAAGAGACCAAAGAUAACCCUGAAGGUGCUGCAAAGCUCCACAGCGGAGAUUGGAGUAUCUGUCCAUAGGAACACUUUAAGCCGUACACUCCACAGAGCUGGGCUUUACGGAACAGUGGCCAGAAAAAAAGCCAUUGCUUAAAGAAAAAAAUAAGCAAACACGUUUGGUGUUCGCCAAAAGGCAUGUGGGAGCCUCCCCAAACAUAUGGAAGAAGGUACUCUGGUCAGAUGAGACUAAAAUUGAGCUUUUUGGCCAUCAAGGAAAACGCUAUGUCUGGCGCAAACCCAACACCUCUCAUCACCCCGAGAACACCAUCCCCACAGUGAAGCAUGGUGGUGGCAGCAUUAUGUUGAGGGGAUGUUUUUCAUCGGCAGGGACUGGGAAACUGGUCAGAAUUGAAGGAAUGAUGGAUAGCGCUAAAUACAGGGAAAUUCUUGAGGGAAACCUGUUUCAGUCUUCCAGAGAUUUGAGACUGGGACGGAGGUUCACCUUCCAGCAUGACAAUGACCCUAAGCAUACUGCUAAAGCAACACUCAAGUGGUUUAAGGGGAAACAUUUAAAUGUCUUGGAAUGGCCUAGUCAAAGCCCAGACCUCAAUCCAAUUGAGAAGCUGUGGUAUGACUUAAAGAUUGCUGUACACCAGCGGAACCCAUCCAACUUGAAGGAGCUGGAGCAGUUUUGCCUUGAAGAAUGGGCAACAAUCCCAGUGGCUAGAUGUGCCAAGCUUAUAGAGACAUACCCCAAGAGACUUGCAGCUGUAAUUGCUGCAAAAGGUGGCUCUACAUAGUAAUGACUUUAGGGGGGGGGGGGGGGGGGGGGGGGUGAAUAGUUAUGCACGCUCAAGUUUUCAGUUUUCUUGUCUUAUUUCUUGUUUGUUUCACAACAAAAAAUAUUUUGCAUCUUUAAAGUGGUAGGCAUGUUGUGUAAAUCAAAUGAUACAAACCCCCCCAAAAACAAUUUUAAUUCCAGGUUGUAAGGCAACAAAAUAGGAAAAAUGCCAAGGGGGGUGAAUACUUUCGCAAGCCACUGUAUAGAGUUGAAAUGCAUUCAAUUUUGAGUUUGCAUCACAAUAUUACACUUUAUAUAUAUCACAUAAGACUGAAAAAUAACAAAAUCGUUUGACAUAGAAACACCCAAUUUUCGGCGGGUUUUGAAAUAAUGUUUAUUAAUUAAUAAAUUAUGAAAAAUAUGAAUAACAUUCCACCCAUGAAGCCACUAGGUCAUUUGACUGAGCUGCCUAUUUUGAAAUGAUGAAAAAAUAGAGCUGAUUCUUUUGAGUGCUGAUGUCUUGUUCUAAGCUUGUCCAAAUGGAAAUGCAGUACAUAAUAAUAGCCUUGUAAACUCAUUCCUUUAUAAAGUAAACAGACAGUUAAAUCGUAGAGAACUAAAGCGUUCUCUAAAUGGAGAUGUUUCCUUUUGUUGCUGAAAACGGAACAGCACUUGUCUAUGUAGUCGGCUUUCUAAGGAUUGUAAAUGUUCGUUUUAUUUUAUGAAAAUACUCUGUGAUUUAUUGGAGCCCAUAGAAAUCAGUCUUAAAGAAUGUGUGUGUAUCACAUGUUUUUACACUUCUUUCCUGAGGUGGACACAUGACAAAAUGCUGGCUUGGACUGGUCCAACCUUGGGUUGAUGAUGGAUUACAGAUUAAAUACUUAAGUGAUUGAAACUCUAGUAAUGUAAAAAUACUUUAAAGGUAGAUUCAGUGAAAUUACGUUGCGACGAGCAGCACCGGAGAUAUUGACAUGAGCGAGAGUCACACACAGUAUCUGCGCAUGUGCACAGGUUCGCUUCACGCUGUGUCCAGUGUGGUAGCCCGGGCACCAAAACAGUGGAGAAGUUGAGCCUCGCGCUUCAAUGCUCUUAGUUGUUGCGGCAAUUGACCCCCUACGCUGUUUACGUUCUGCUGAGGAGUGAGUAAGAUACAUUAAUUUACUUACUUUUUAAAAAUGUUCUGCAAUCCUCCUGUGUCAGAGCCCAAGGCAGGGUAUGGCAUAUGAAAAGAAAUACAUUAAUUGUAUAGGCAAAAACAGAAAGAGAUUUACUUUUUGAGCAAUUGAUUUACGCAUCUACUAAUUUGCAUAAUUUCACUCACCUUCUGACAAUUAUUCUGCGUUCUUCCCAUGAUCCUCAGAGCCCAAGGUGCCGUUCAGGAGGAAGCUGCAGGAUGUGGAGGUCCAGGAGAAGAUGACGGCCACGCUGCUGUGUGAGGUGCCCGUCUCGGCCACACAGGCCAGCUGGUUCAUGGAGGAGACGCGACUGGAGGCCUGCUCCAAGUACCGCAUGGAGGAGGAGGGCACCGUGCGCCGCCUCACCAUCCACAACGUCACCACCAAUGAUGAUGCCGUCUACAUCUGCGAGAUGAAGGAGGGGAGCCGCACCGUGGCCGAGCUCACUGUGCUGGGUACGAGAGCCAUUUUCUUGUCUCUAGUCUUCUGACAAACUUCUGAUGCCUCCAAUAACAAAUAUUAGGCAACAUAAUUUGUUCCUACAUUAUACUUUGAUGGAAAUACAUAAGACAGAAGUUUACACUGCUUUAGUUUACAGUGAAAUGUUGUGCAGUUUCGUCAUGUGUCAAAAAUACUGUCAAAAUAUACUGUCAAAUAUACUGUCAAAAUACUGUCAAGAUAUACUGUCAAAAUAUACUGUCAAAAUACUGUCAAAAUACACUGUCAAAAUAUACUGUCAAAAUACUGUCAAAAUAUACUGUCAAAACAUUUAACGAUGCAAAGGAGGUCUCCAAUUUCCUUUAUGACCUUUCCAGGGGGCAAUAACCUUGGUAUUUAGUUUACACAGUGUUAGUGCUGCAGUGUUGUAGACUACACUUGCCAUUUGGUGACCCUUGUACUUGUCACUCACAGGCAACAUCACGAAGAAGCUGCCCAGAAGGACUGUAGUGCCGGUGAGUGAUACAGUGAUCUUCUGCGUUGAGCUGGAGCACCCCUGUUCUGAUGCCUACUGGACACGCAAUGGCGAGCGUCUGAAACCGGACACACGCAUAUUAAUUGCGUGCACCCUCAGACAGUACACGUUAACCAUCAGCCACUGCCAGGCCGACGACUCAGGAGAGGUGGCCUUCAUGGCUGGAGACUGCAAGACCUCCACACGAUUCUCUGUAACGGGUGAGCUACAGACAUAGACCUACAUGCAAAGCACAGACUCUAAAGCACUUUUCCUAUCACAACAUCAAAUUAAGAAAUCCUACAUUUAAAUUCCCUUUUGAAUAAUCUGAUCACAAAGGUUAACUUUAUGUUCUAUACAUCUGCAGAUACAUCAUAUCACUGAAUUUUCUUAGGGUUUAUCAUACAUACAUGAGCCAAUUUGAACUAUACCUCCCUCCCUCCCAGCUGCCAGAAAGCAUCCUCCCGAUCCCCCCAUCGACGUGGUGGUGCGCAACAAGACUGACUCGUCCAUCACCCUCCACUGGUCCCCCCCAGACAGUGACCGCCCUGUGCCUAUCAAGGGGUACAUGGUAGAGAGGAGGAAGGUGGGUGCCCAGACCUGGCAGAGGUGCAAUGGCAUGGAGAUCAGCCCCUUUACUGAAAUCACAAUCCAGAAUUUCACAGAGGAGGCCAGCUACCAGUUCCGCAUUUCUGCAGUCAACAACUAUGGCCAGAGCCAAUACCUGGAGGUGCCCGGGACCUUCUACCUCGGUGAGACAGACAAACAUCUUAUUACUCCUUAUUACUUGGUUUUAUUGAAGAAGAAACUAUUGGCAGUCUAGGAAUACUCCUGGAGAUGUAUGAGGUAGACAAGAAGAAUGAGGGUCUGCACCAAGGCUUGUAGGUAGAAGGUGACUUGUACGGAAGAGAAAAAUAACAAAGUACACUCUUAGAAAAAAAGGUGCUAUCUAGAACCUAAAAUGGUUCUUCGGCUGUCCCCAAAGGAUAACCCUUUGAAGAACCCUUUUUGGUUCCAGGUAUAACCCUUUUGGUUCCAGGUAGAACUCUUUGGGGUUCCAUAUAGAACCCUUUCCACAGAGGGUUCUACAUAGAACCCAAAAGGGUUCUACCUGGAACCAAAAAGGGUUUUCCUAUGGAGACAUCCGAAGAACCCUUUUGGAACCCUUUUUUCCAAGAGUGUAGCAUUCAACAGGUACUCACAAGCAAACCAUAAUAAGAACAAAUAUAUGAAAACACCAGCAUGCUACUUUUGUAAUACUGAUGUGAUUUAACCCUUUCUUACAGAGUCCAGUGCAGAGGUGAAAACAGGCCUGAUGAACAGCACAGCCAUCUCAGGCGAGGAGGCCUCACUCUCCGUGGAUCUGUCUGGCGUGUGCUCUGGCUUCUGGUCUAUCAACGGACGCCUCCUGCGUAGUGGUGGUGACUACCUCAUCACCCGCCAAAAGACCACACACACGCUGACGAUCCGGACGGUCUUGAUGGAGAUGAACGGAGCCGUGGUCAAAUUUGUGGGCGGUGGCUCUGAGAGCACUUGUAUACUCAAAGUGAAGGGUAAGCACUGGAAUAGGGGGCAAUGUCAAGAAUAAGAACUGUGAAUUGAAUAUGCAUGUCUUCAUUAGCUUGAUGCUUUGAGUUGCUUGUAUAAAUAAAAUAAAAUAAAAUUGUAUUCGUCACAUGCUUCAUAAACAACAGGUGUAGACUAACAGUGAAAUGCUUACUUACGGGCCCUUCCCAACAAUGCAGAGAGAAAGAAAAUAGAGAAAUAAUAGAAAAGUGAAACAUGUAAUAAUAAAAGUCAUAAUAAAUACACAAUGAGUAACGAUAUCAAUAACACAAUGAGUAUAAAGGCUCUAUAUACAGAAUCAAAAAAAGGUACUAUCUAGAACCUAAAAGGGUUCUUCGGCUUUCCCCAUAGGAGAAGAACCAUUUGUAGAACCCUUUUGGGUUCCAUGUAGAACCCUUUCCACAGAAGGUUCUACAUGGAACCAAAAAGGGUUCUACCUGGAACCAAAAAGGGUUCUCCUAUGGGGACAGCCGAAGAACCCUUUUGGAAGUAUUUUUCUAAGAGUGUAUACACUAUAUAUACAGAAGUAUGUGGACAACUAGCUGUUAUUGGCAAAGAGGUUUGGAACUCUUUCUUAUUGGUCUAUUAACUAAUUUACCGCAUGGUGAUGUCACCAGGCAGGCCAAAACUCCAUCCCACCAAAACAGGCUGAAAUGUCAGGCUUUCUUUACAAACAGCUUUUACACUAAAAGGGCAUUAUCAUCAUUUUCACUAUAUCACAGUAUUAUUCCAAUAUCAUAGUGUGGACAAAAGUCAUUUUGUAUUCAUGCUGUACAAGCAGUUAGGAACCUCAUCUGUUAGCUGUUCUGUUGGUAGACAGUCACCAUCUUUCCAUUGGAAUUUCCCCAUACAACAACUACAAUUCAAUCCUCUGUAACAAGCAUGGCCCUGGUAGCUUAUGUGAAACCUUUAUUUCCAGCUCCACCUAUCCGGUUCACCAGUAAGUCAGCUCACACUGAGGUGGUGACCUGCAGCGCCCAGUCCUCCGCCCAGCUGACUACAGAGGUGUCCGAUUACGAUGCCCAGGUGUGUAGUGGUCCUUUGUAGCUCAGUUGGUAGAGCAUGGCGCAUGUAACACCAGGGUGGUGGGUUUGAUUCCCUGGACCACCCAUGCGUAAAAUGUAUGCACGACUGUAAGUCGCUUUGGAUAAAAGUGUAUGCUAAAUGGCAUAUAUUAUAUAAUGGCAUAUAUUAUAAAGUCCAGAUGACUGAAUUCAUUAACGAACAAAGUAAUACUUUAUUGGUCUGUUAGGGUUAGGAAACUUAAAAGGGUUAGUGUAAUAAAUACAAAAAGACUUAAGCCCUUUUCUUUUGAAUUGUUCAGAUUCAAUUCACUGUGUAAAUCACUGUGUAAUGCUGUCUCUUAUGCGGAUUGUGCAUUUUAAUGUGUCCCCUAACUCUGUAGGUGGUCUGGAUGAAGAAUGGACGGGAGCUGAAGAUGGGCAAGAAGUAUGAGUGUAUAACCACUGACCACAAGAGGAUCCUGAUGGUACACAAUGUCACUGAAGAGGACAUGGGCAUCUAUGAGUGUGUCCUAAACGAAGACACAAUGUCCCUGCAGCUUUCUCUAAAAGGUACAACAGGACAACCAAAAGAUAAAGAAUAAAGGUUAACCUCAACUCCUGUAGUAAUCUAUCAUGCUAGAAAGAAGAAACCACUCCAAUGUCUACAACAUAUUAAUAACUUGUUGACACCUGGUGGAAAGUGGAAACCUGGUUUGUCAGAUUCCCAUAUAAUUGUAUUACAAUAGCAGAAAUAGCUCCAUUUUGUACAGCUUCACUGAAAACCCGUUUUGAUUAUUAUAUUUUUUUUUACAUAUGACAGGUGUUUUUACACUCGAAAUCCAGUGGGUUAUUCUUACCCUGGAUCUUAAACUGACAUGGCGUAUGAAGUGCAACCUCUAACCUACAUUGCCUACAGAAAGGCCCUCUCACACCACGUGACACACAGGGACAGGCUGGGCUGUGACAGCUAACAUCAGGUGGUAGUGAGCCGUCUAGCAUGGGAAAGAGCUCUCUGUCAUCAUGUAAUAAAGUCCAAUGCAUCCCCCAUCCUCCAACCACGCACAGGCAGACACCCACAUAUCAUAUGAUUGUGCAUGAAAUCUAGCUGUUUGGUUAUAAUAGCAUAAUGAAAUAUUUGUAAAGCGAAUUAAUCAUCACAGAUAAUUCUGUUAUUGCAUAUUUUUUUGUCAUAUUCAAUUCCAUAUGGGCCUUUGUUAACAUUUCAUUAUAGCCUUAAGGUAUUAAUGGAUUUCUACCACAACUCUAUGAAUUAAAAAAUAUCGGACAAAUCAGGUUUUUGUUCUUGAUGACAAAUCCAUCCUUGUUUCUCUUCCAGAUGAAGCCAAAUUCCUGAACAAGCCCAGGGGUCCCAUGGGGGUGGCACCUGCCCUCAGUGGGCACCUUGAGUUGAACUGUGAGGUGUCGUCUGCCAGCGGGGUGGUGGUGUGGAGGAAGGAUCAGACAGUGGUCAUUGAGGACCAAAGAACCACCAUUGUCUCCAAAGGGACACAGAGGAGACUGGUCAUCAAGAACGCCAAGAAGAGUGACGAGGGACACUACUCCUGCGAGACAGCGGAGGACAAAGUCACAUUCCAGGUCAAGAUAAAAGGUAAGAGAGAGAAGGAAUGUCUGUAGAGCACACUGGACAAACAAUAUCACUGUAUUCAGCUUGUAUAAUAACCUAGGCACAUAAAAAAUCUAAAAUAAUUUAAGCUACAAAAGGUAUUGUCCCCUCAGAAUCUCAGACUGCCUAUACAAAUAUUGUUCCUGUUUUUAGUGUUCAACCCUAAAAGAAAGGUUUCUUAUUUUACUGUGCCAUUCCAUGAUUGUUCCCUCAGAAGUCCAACAGGCUGCCUUCACCAAUAAGGAGUCUGUACAGAGAGAGGUGGAAGCUACUCUCUCCCAGAAAGCUACUCUGAGCUGUGAGGUGUCAGAUACCAAGACGGAGGUGAAAUGGUACAAGGAUGGCAAACAGAUCAUUGCAAGUAAAACAGUCUCCAUGGAGACAAAGGGCAAGAGUCGUCUGUUGGUAGUAGACAAAAUGGAGAAGAAGGAUGCUGGAGAGUACACCUGUGAAGCUGGAACAGAGAAGCUGGUCUUUAAAAUACAUGUGUCAGGUAAGCCAAAUAUUGAUUUACUGUCUAUUGUCUAUUUUUGACCAAGGUUGCUGGAGUGGUUGUCCAUGUGCCAGUCUUGCAAAUUUGAAAUGUUUUCCCCCUUAGUCCUUGGAGAUGGUUUGAAAAAUGUACAACAUUUGAAUUUCUUCAGCUCUGCUCAUUAUCUUAGAAAUGUAUGGUUGUUUUGUUAGUUUCAAUGUGUUAUAAUUGGGACUUAAAAAAUUGUGGGGUUAUCAGAUAAAAGAUUGUUUGUAGAUAUGGGCUUCAUGGUUGUUUCAUUGUAUGAUGUUGCUUUCAUGGCUUCUGAGGACACCUCAAUGGUACUCUGUGUCUGUCUCUGCGAUAUUUGUGCUGUAGGUGGUUGACUAUGGCUGUUCUAUAGGUCAGUGCUAUUCAUGUCUGUCCAGUGUCGAAAAAUGAUUCCUGUUUUUAGUAUUUGACCCCCUACUAUGCCCCUCCAUGAUUGUUCCUUCAGAAGCCCAAAAGGCUGCCUUCACCAACAAGGACUCUGUACAGAGAGAGGUGAAAGCUACUCUCUCCCAGAAAGCCACUCUGAGCUGUGAGGUGUCAGAUACCAAGACGGAGGUGAAAUGGUACAAGGAUGGCAAGCUGCUGACUUCCAGUAAGACAGUCUCCAUGGAGACAAAGGGCAAGACUCGUCAGCUGGUGAUAGAGAAGGUGGAGAAGAAGGAUGCUGGAGAGUACACCUGUGAGGUUGGAGCAGAGAAGCUGGUCUAUAAGAUACAGGUGACAGGUAAGGAGGAUAUCGACUUGCUGUCUUGUCUGUUUUCUGCCCGAUUGCUGGAAUGGUUGUCUGUCUGCUCUGCACAUUAAUGAGGAAUUGGACCCUGCAUGUUACUUGUAAUGUUGUCUACAGCCACCAGCAGUCGUCCCCCACCUCCCACCUCCCACCUCCCACCUCCCACCCGCACUCUGAGCUCUUUAGCCUACUGAAGUAUUUGAUAUAUAUUGCUUCUGAUAUUGUUAUGUAGCCUAGCUCGUUGUCUUUUUUCAGUUAUAUGUGACAUUUCAAUUGUCCAUUUUUUAAAUAUUCUUCUACAUAAUCCUUGCUAAUAUGUAUUGACUCCCUAUUUGCCAGUAUCUAAUCAACUAUCUGCUUGCACCUGUUGCGCCUGUUACGCACAGCAGGUGUGUCAUCUUAAGUACAUCUUCCUAAUUUGUUUGAACAGCACUGAUGAAGACAUAAGGCCGAAACGUAUGCCCGUUUUUGUUUUAUUAACCUUGCACUUUUUGUAUUCCUUUGAGCAUGGAUUAAAUUAAGUACAUUAUUUUUGCACCUCGGCUUCCUUGGGUUAUUCCUUUUCAUGGUUUUGAGUGCAAGUACUUUUUGAACUCUACAUAUAUUUUUUUAUCCUACGCACCGGCUGCCUUCCAUUGUAGCCUGAUCGCAAACCCUCAUACUGGCUUUCUGUAAUGCACAUUGGACAUGUUUAUCUUAGGAAAAGAUAACUAUGAUAUAUUUAGCUCACCCCUGGGAUGCUUUGGCAAGUGUACUGUUGAAUUACAUUUAACUUUUGUCUCAGUCAGAAACCAAUGCCUAGUUUGUUGUUGUCAUAGUGUUAAAGUUGAGAUUUUAGGAUUAGUUGACUCCAUCAGACAAAGGGCUAUGUUUGGGGCUUCAAGGUUGUUCCCUUGCUUGAUUUGGCUCUGGUUGUUUUGCCUUGUGGCUUAUGGGGACGUCUUACUGGUCUCUGUCCCUGUUGCGGCUAUUUGUCUAUUCCCAUUCUAUAUUUGAAUUGCUAAUGGUUGAUUUACAGAAGCCCAGGCUGCCUUCUCCAAUAAGGACUCUGUACAGAGAGAGGUGAAAGCUACUCUCUCCCAGAAAGCCACUCUGAGCUGUGAGGUGUCAGAUACCAAGACGGAGGUGAAAUGGUACAAGGAUGGCAAGCUGCUGACUUCCAGUAAGACAGUCUCCAUGGAGACAAAGGGCAAGACUCGUCAGCUGGUGAUAGAGAAGGUGGAGAAGAAGGAUGCUGGAGAGUACACCUGUGAGGUUGGAGCAGAGAAGCUGGUCUAUAAGAUACAAGUGACAGGUAUGGAGGAUAUAUUGGAUUUACUGUCUAUCGUCUGUUCUAGGGCAUACAGUGGGACGGAUGGUUGUCCAGAUGCCUGUCCUACAAAUAUUUAUCUGAUAAAACUUGUCUAUGACAAAGGUGGUUUCAUUUGUUGAGUUGUCUUCCCAAGCUGACGUCUCCUACUAUCUGUGUUGCUGCUCUAGCUUAUAUUACGUCUGAAUAGUCUGUUUCCGUGUUUGUUGCGUAGUUUGUUUGUCUCCGUACCAUGUUAGAAUUGCUGAUAGUUGACUCUCGGUGUAGUUCUGUAGAUAAUUGUCUCCAUGUCUGUACAGGACAGUAAGUGAUGUGUCCUGUGUUUGGUGCUGAUACUGUUUGACCCUAAAUGAAAUAUUUCUGCCAUUGUGCCCAUCCAUGACUGUCCCAUCAGAAGCACAACAGGCUGCCUUCACCAACAAGGACUCUGUACAGAGAGAGGUGAAAGCUACUCUCUCCCAGAAAGCCACUCUGAGCUGUGAGGUGUCAGAUACCAAGACGGAGGUGAAAUGGUACAAGGAUGGCAAGCUGCUGACUUCCAGUAAGACAGUCUCCAUGGAGACAAAGGGCAAGACUCGUCAGCUGGUGAUAGAGAAGGUGGAGAAGAAGGAUGCUGGAGAGUACAUCUGUGAGGUUGGAGCAGAGAAGCUGGUCUAUAAGAUACAGGUGACAGGUAUGGAGGAGUUAUUUUUUAGUUACAUGCCCUAUGUGGUGCGAUUUAGGCUUUGGUUGCUUGAAUGGUUGGCCAUUUGUCUGUCCUAUAAAUUCAACUUUUAUUCUCCUUAUUUAAAGAUAAAUGUAAGAGAUUUACCUAUGUCUGAGGAGAUGGUAUGGGACAUACACAGUUACAUUUUUAGUUCUGUUUUUUAAUUUACAGCUAUUUAGUUAAUUUCUAAGUGUAAUUGGGACCUUAGCAUUUGUGAGUUCUAUCUUACAAACAUAUAGGUUUACUUGGUUGUUUUGAUUGCGCACAGCAAUGUCCUUUGAAUAUUUUGUCUCGUUUGAAUGAUGUUGCUCAUGGGGAUAUCUCAGUGCUCUGUUUCCCUAUUUGUUGUUCUGGAGUGUGUCCGUCUCUAUGCCACAUUGGAAUUUCAGAUGGUUGACUUUGCUUGGCUGCUCUAUGUGCAAUACCUCCCGUAUUUGUCCAGUCUAGAGAUACAGUAUGGUUCCUGUUUUUAUGUGAUAUUGAGGGUUCUAAUUUCCAUCAUAUCCUUCAACGGUUCCUCCUUCAGAAAUGAAGGCUGCUUUCUUAAAUAAGGAGUCUGUACAGAAGGAGGUGAGAGCUACUCUCUCCCAGAAAGCCACUCUGAGCUGUGAGGUGUCAGAUACCAAGACGGAGGUGAAAUGGUACAAGGAUGGCAAGCUGCUGACUUCCAGUAAGACAGUCUCCAUGGAGACAAAGGGCAAGACUCGUCAGCUGGUGAUAGAGAAGGUGGAGAAGAAGGAUGCUGGAGAGUACACCUGUGAGGUUGGAGCAGAGAAGCUGGUCUAUAAGAUACAGGUGACAGGUAUGGGACGAUUUGAAAGCUGGCUGUCUAUUGGUGUUUCUCUCAAGGUUUUGGCGGCUGAAUGGUUGUCAAUGUACUGUAUCUGUGUUCAUUGUUGUCUACACAUUUUUUCUCCUAAGGAAAGAUAUGCUACAUUUGUCACGAUCGUUAGACGGAGUAGACCAAUGCGCAGCGUUGAAAGCAAACAUACUUUAUUAAUCGAACUAACACGAACAGUGAAACAAAACAACAAACGAUACGUGACAUCCAAAGGACAAACCUAACUAGGAACAAACCAACUGGAAACAAGAUCCCACAACUAUUGUGGGAAAACAGCCUCUAUAAAUAUGGCUCCCAAUCAGAGACAACCAGCAACAGCUGACACUCGUUGCCUCUGAUUGGGAACCACUCUGGCCAACACAGAAAUACACUACAUAGAAUAUACACACCCUGGCUCAACAUAUAGAGUCCCCAGAGCCAGGGUGUGACAGUACCCCCCCCUAAAGGCGCGGACUGCGACCGCGCCUAAACAUCAACAACCCAGGGGAGGGCUGGGUGGGCAUUCCUCCUCGGAGGCGGUUCCGGCUCCGGGCUAGACCACCACCCUUCAACCAUCCCCCCGUGGCGCCCCUGGUCCGGUUUGGCCCCGCUGACCGGAGCUGGACUGGACAUCGUAGAAGCGGAUUGCUUCAGCUCCGGUGUGGAGCAGCUGACCGGUACCUGACCAGGCACCGGUGACCCAGGCACGGGUUGUGCCGGACUGACGACGCACACCCCUGGCCUGGUGCGUGGAGCAGGGACGGGCCGGACCGGGCUGACGAUGCGCACCCCUGGCUUGGUGCGUGGAGCCGGAACGGGCCGUACCGGGCUGACGAUGCGCACCCCUGGCUUGGUGCGUGGAGCAGGAACGGGCCGGACCGGGCUGACGAUGCGCACCCCUGGCUUGGUGCGUGGAACAGGAACGGGCCGGACCGGGCUGACGAUGCGCACCCCUGGCUUGGUGCGUGGAGCAGGAACGGGCCGGACCGGGCUGACGACUCGCAUCCCUGGCUUGGUGCGUGGAGCAGGAACGGGCCUUACCGGGCUGACGACUCGCACCCCUGGCUUGGUGCGAGUGGCAGGAACAGGCCGGGCCGGGCUGGCGACGCGCACCGUAGGCUUGGUGCGAGGAACAGGCCGGGCCGGGCUGGCGACGCGCACCGUAGGCUUGGUGCGUGGAGCAGGAACAGGCCGGGCCGGGCUGGCGACGCACACCGUAGGCUUGGUGCGAGGAGCAGGAACAGGCCGGGCCGGGCUGGCGACGCGCACCGUAGGCUUGGUGCGAGGAGCAGGAACAGGCCGGGCCGGGCUGGCGACGCGCACCGUAGGCUUGGUGCGUGGAGCAGGAACAGGCCGGGCCGGGCUGGCGACGCGUACCGUAGGCUUGGUGCGAGGAGCAGGAACAGGCCGGGCCGGGCUGGUGACGCGCACCGUAGGCUUGGUGCGAGGAGCAGGAACAGGCCGGGCCGGGCUGGCGACGCACACCGUAGGCUUGGUGCGAGGAGCAGGAACCGGCCGGGCCGGGCUGACGACUCGCACUGUAGGCUUGGUGCGAGGGGCAGGAACAGGCCGGGCCGGGCUGGCGACGCACACCGUAGGCUUGGUGCGAGGAACAGGAACAGGCCGGACCGUACUGGGAACACACACCACUGGCCUUAAACGGGGAUCAGGAACGGGCCGGACCGGACUGGCAAUACACCUCAGUACCUCUCGCUGUGCCUCUACAACUUCCUUCCCUCCUCUCACCAAUGGCUCCCGUAACCCGGUGGCCUUCUCUCCUCGUCUCCCAUUUCGCCCUGUGCCAGCCUCCUGCUGCCCAGUCGCCCAUGCCGUGUGCCCCCCCCUAAACAUUUUCUGGGGUUGCCUCUCGUCCGUCCGACGACGACACUGUUGACGCCGUUGCUCCUCUCUCGCCAGGGCCUUAAUCUUAGCCCAUGGCCCCUUGCCCCCGAGCAUGUCCUCCCAGGACCACGAUUUGCCCACCUGGGCCAUCGCCAACCUUUCCAGCUCCUUUCCCGGCGCUUCCUCCCAUGUCCAGGCCGCCUGCUCCUGGACACGCUGCUUGGUCCUGGUAUGGUGGGAUCUUCUGUCACGAUCGUUAGACGGAGUAGACCAAUGCGCAGCGUUGAAAGCAAACAUACUUUAUUAAUCGAACUAACACGAACAGUGAAACAAAACAACAAACGAUACGUGACAUCCAAAGGACAAACCUAACUAGGAACAAACCAACUGGAAACAAGAUCCCACAACUAUUGUGGGAAAACAGCCUCUAUAAAUAUGGCUCCCAAUCAGAGACAACCAGCAACAGCUGACACUCGUUGCCUCUGAUUGGGAACCACUCUGGCCAACACAGAAAUACACUACAUAGAAUAUACACACCCUGGCUCAACAUAUAGAGUCCCCAGAGCCAGGGUGUGACAAUAUUGUUGUCUGUUAUGAUUGUUUGAUAGUGUGGAAGUCUGAAUUGUAUGUUUCCUGUCUGUCCAUAAUCCUUUAGAAAUGCAGAUUUUAAAAACGUAUUCUGACAAUAUCGCUUGCUGUCCCCUUUGUCAUGUGCAAGAUACGUAAAUGGUUUUUGAUUUGGUGUUGGAAUUGUUUGACCCUGAAUGAAGGGUUUCUGGUUUUACCAUACCCUUCAAUGAUCCCCAUUCAGAGGUCCAGGCUGCCUUCACCAACAAGGAGUCUGUACAGAAGGAGGUGAGAGCUACUCUUUCCCAGAAAGCCACUCUGAGCUGUGAGGUGUCAGAUACCAAGACGGAGGUGAAAUGGUACAAGGAUGGCAAGCUGCUGACUUCCAGUAAGACAGUCUCCAUGGAGACAAAGGGCAAGACUCGUCAGCUGGUGAUAGAGAAGGUGGAGAAGAAGGAUGCUGGAGAGUACACCUGUGAGGUUGGAGCAGAGAAGCUGGUCUAUAAGAUACAGGUGACAGGUAUGGAGGAUAUAUCAGCUCACAGUUAUUUCUGUCAUCAGCUUUCAACCUCUGAUGUAAAGAAUGGUUCUUAAGGGUAACUGUUAGAUAGGUUGGUAUCAGUCCGAGGAGAUGGUUUAGAAAAUGUAGGACUACAGUUAAAUACAUUUAGUUGAUAUUUUUAUCUCUGGAACUUAUGUUUGUUUAUUUCAUCCCAAAGUUUUUUAGGUGAGACCAUAGCAAGUUUGGGAUCUUGUUGGCAAUAUGGUAGUUUGAAGUUGUUUUAAUGGUUGUUUUGACUCAUCACUCCAAUGUCCUUUGAAAGGUUUAUCCAUUUUCCUUUGUUGCUUAUGUGGAUAUCUAAAUUGUCUGUUUCCUUGUUAGUUGCAUUGUGCAUUGCCUGUCUCCUGUUGCCUUAAAAUUUCUGAUAGUUCACUCGGUCUGAAUAAUCUGUUUAGCUUUUAUGGUUUAUGGGGAUAUCAGAACGGUCUGUUCCUCUGUUGCUCCAUUUGUCUGUCUCCAUAUAACAUUAGAGUGGCUGAUGGUUGAUUUACUGAGGCUGCUCUAUUAUCCAGUGCCUCCCAUGUUUGAUGGGUUUGGAUGUUUCCUGUUUUUUGUGUUUGACCCUGAAUGAAAGCUUUCUGAUUCCAAUGUGCCCUUCAAUGACCCCAUUCAGAAACUCAGGCAGCUUUCUCCAAUAAGGAGUCUGUACAGAAGGAGGUGAAAGCUACUCUCUCCCAGAAAGCUACUCUGAGCUGUGAGGUGUCAGAUACCAAAACUGAGGUGAAAUGGUACAAGGAUGGCAAGCUGCUGACUUCCACUAAGACAGUCCACAUGUCAAAUCAAAUCAAAUUGUAUUUGUCACAUGUGCCGAAUACAACAGGUGUAGACCUUACAGUGAAAUGCUUACUUACAAGCCCUUAACCAACAAUGCAGUUUUAAGAAAGAAUACCAAAAAAAAUCACAAAAGAAGACAAUAUAAAAUAAUACGAAAUAAAAGUAGCAAAUAAUUAAAGAGCAGCAUUAAAAAUAACAAUAGCGAGGCUAUAUACAGGGGGUACCGGUACCGAGUCAAUGUGCGGGGGCACUGGUUAAUCGAGGUAAUUGAGGUAAUAUGUACAUGUAGGUAGAGUUAUUAAAGUGACAUGUUGUCAAAGGGCAAAGCUUGUCAGCUUGUGAUAGAAAAUGUGGAGAAAAAGGAUGCUGGAGAGUACACCUGUGAGGCUGGAGCUGGCUGUCUAUUAUUGUUCCUCAGAAGGCUUUGGAGGCUGAAUAGUUUUCAAUAUAUAUGUUCUCUACAUUGUCUACAAACGUUUUCCCUAAAGGAAAGAGAUGUUAUAAUGUUGUCCUUUUUGAUUGUUUUGCAAAUGUCUGAAUUGUCAAUUUCCCUGUUUGUUGCAUUGUCUGAGUCUGAGUUUUACUACUUUAUGCAGAUGGUUGAUUUAUCUAGCAAUUCUAUCACUUUCUGUCUCUUAUGUCUGUUGUGUGUAAGAUAUGGUAUCUAGAUUGGUUGUUGGGAUUGUUUGACCUUGAAUGUAAUGUUUCUGGUACUCCCAUGCACCUCCAUGAUUGUUCCCUCAGAAACUCAAGCAGCUUUCACCAACAAGGAGUCUGUACAGAAGGAGGUGAGAGCUACUCUCUCCCAGAAAGCCACUCUGAGCUGUGAGGUGUCAGAUACCAAGACGGAGGUGAAAUGGUACAAGGAUGGCAAGCUGCUGACUUUCAGUAAGACAGUCUCCAUGGAGACAAAGGGCAAGACUCGUCAGCUGGUGAUAGAGAAGGUGGAGAAGAAGGAUGCUGGAGAGUACACCUGUGAGGUUGGAGCAGAGAAGCUGGUCUAUAAGAUACAGGUGACAGGUAUGAUGUCAUUGACUCUUUCAACCAUAUGUGUUGUACCCAGCACUAUCACCACUAUGCUAACAAGUCUUUUUUUUGUCUCUAGAAUCCUCUGCCAAGUUUAAAAAGACUGCCGUGAAGGAUAUAUGCAAUGUUCAAGCAAGUGAGAAGAUUGUUUUGACCACUGAGCUGACUUCGGAUAGUGCCAGUGUUAAGUGGUUCAGAGAUGGAGUAGAGUUGAAGGAGGGCUCUAAGUAUGAGAUGAAGAGAGAGGGACAUUCUCGUACCCUGAUUGUGAAGUCCACUGAAGUCAAAGACAAUGGCACCUACUCUUGCCACACUGAUGAUGACAAGCUUGAGUUCAAAGUUCAAGUCAAAGGUUAGUUAGCUAUUCAUUCAUCAGAACAAUUGAUUGACAGAUACAGUCAAUACUGAUGUAAGAGUAUGCAUAUCAAAUUUAGUUAAUACAAUUCUGUCCAUGUUUCCUCUCAGAUACACCACUGAAGUUUGUGGUGCAGUUGCAGCCUGUAGCCACAGAGCUGGGUGUUACCCUGACCCUGACCUGUGAACUGAACCGAGCCUCAGGGGACGUACUCUGGCGCCACAACAGUCGUGAGGUCAAACCCGGUGGCAGGUUCUGUGUCAGCGCUGACGGUGCCAAGCGGGUCCUUUCUGUAACAGGAAUGACCAAAGAGGAUGAGGGAGAGUACAGCUGUGAAUGCAAAGAUGAUAAGACCUCUGCCAAUGUCUCCACCAAAAGUACCUGAGGCUUUGCUUUCAUUAGAUUUAACGCAUGGUCACUCACUACUACAGCAUAUAGUUACAGACCUAUACAACAUAGUUACAGACAUAUACAACAUAGUUACAGACAUAUACAAGAUAGUUACAUACAUAUACAACAUAGUUACAGACAUAUACAAUAUAGUUACAUACAUAUACAACAUAGUUACAGACUUAUACAACAUAGUUACAGACAUAUACAAUAUAGUUAGACAUAUACAACAUAGUUACAGACAUAUACAACAUAGUUACAUACAUAUACAACAUAGUUACAGACUUAUACAACAUAGUUACAUACAUAUACAACAUAGUUACAGACAUAUACAACAUAGUUACAGACAUAUACAACAUAGUUACAUACAUAUACAACAUAGUUACAGACAUAUACAAUAUAGUUACAGACAUAUACAACAUAGUUACAGACAUAUACAACAUAGUUACAGACAUAUACAACAUAGUUACAUACAUAUACAACAUAGUUACAGACAUAUACAACAUUGUUACAGACAUAUACAAUAUAGUUAGACAUAUACAACAUAGUUACAGACAUAUACAACAUAGUUACAGACAUAUACAACAUUGUUACAGACAUAUACAACAUAGUUACAGACAUAUACAACAUAGUUACAGACAUAUACAACAUAGUUACAGACAUAUACAACAUAGUUACAGACAUAUACAACAUUGUUACAGACAUAUACAAUAUAGUUAGACAUAUACAUUAUAGUUACAGACAUAUACAACAUAGUUACAGACAUAUACAACAUAGUUACAGACAUAUACAACAUAGUUACAGACAUAUACAACAUAGUUACAGACAUAUACAACAUAGUUACAGACAUAUACAAUAUAGUUACAGACAUAUAAAAUAUAGUUACAGACAUAUACAAUAUAGUUACAGACAUAUACAACAUUGUUACAGACAUAUACAAUAUAGUUAGACAUAUACAUUAUAGUUACAGACAUAUACAACAUAGUUACAGACAUAUACAACAUAGUUACAUACAUAUACAACAUAGUAACAUACAUAUACAACAUAGUUACAGACAUAUACAAUAUAGUUACAGACAUAUACAACAUAGUUACAGACAUAUACGAUAUAGUUACAGACAUAUACAAUAUAGUUACAGACAUAUACAAUAUAGUUAGACAUAUACAACAUAGUUACAGACAUAUAGUCAAACACACUAGAAAUUAACUGUUGUGUUUCAAUAUUAACUCCUUUUCUGUGUGCCUGAGUGUAAUUUCGUGUCUCCAAAUAAUCUAUUCCAUUCUGUACUUUUCAGCACCCAGAAUGGUGAAGCUGACUUCCAAGCUGAGCAGCAUCGCUGCAGUGGAGGGGAACGAUGCCAUCUUCAAGUGUAGUGUCACCCCAGCCGACGUCAAAGUAAAAUGGUUCCGCAACAAUGUGCCAAUCACUGCUAGGCCAAAGUAUAAGAUUGAGCACGGGGGCACCAGCCACUCCCUCACCAUCACGUCAGUCAGUCAGGAGGAUGCUGGGGAGAUCAGCAUGGAAGCUGAGGGCAAAACCUGCAGCGCUACCCUCCAAGUGCAACGUAAGAACCAACCUCUAUUCGCUUCAACAUUUACUGUAUGAUAUAAUAGCUGAGCUAAUUUCCAGUGGAUAUACUUCUGUUCUGUAUUAUCAUCUGAUUAUUUUGAUUGACUGAUACACAAUUAUAGCCAUUGUUUACAAAAAUGUAUAAGCCUUUAAGCUUAGAAGGGCUACAGUUAUCACGAAGGAGAUGUAAUAUCUGUGUUUUCUUUGUACCCUGACAGUGGAGCCGGUGAUGUUCAAGAAGAAGUUGCAGAAUGUGACGACGGUAGAGGAUCAGAAGGAGGUGAAGUUGGAGGUGGAGCUGAAUAAGCCCUCUAAAGAGGUCAGGUGGAUGAAGAACAGCGUGGUGCUGCAGCCCGGAGGCAACAUGGACAUCAGGGUGGACGGGGCCAAGCAGACCCUGGUCUUCAAGAGUGUGACUACAGCUGACCGCGGCUACUACUCCUGUGAAACUCUGGAUGACAAGACCCAGGCCAAACUCACAGUGGAUGGUAAGUACAUUUUAGUCAUUUAGCAGACAUUCUUAUCCAGAGUGAUUUACAGGAGCAAUUAGGGUUAAAUGCCUUGCUCAAGGGCACAUCGACAGAUUUUUCACCUCAGGGAUUUGAACCAGCAACCUUUCGGUUACUGGCCCAACGCUCUUAACCUCUAGACUACCUGCCGCACAAGUAAGAGGGGUGUCCCAUUUACAGCUGCUGUAGUUUUAUGAUUAUGUAUAAAUAGCCCCUAGUGAUCUUAGUUAAGCACAGACAGUAUUUUCUAAUCUGACAUGCAGUUUGUACAUUUGAUCUCCACACAGAUACUCAGACUAUUUAUAUCUACAGUUUCAGUGCCAAGAAGAGAUGCACAGGACACUUAGUGAUGAUUUUGUAUAACCUAUACAUUUAGCAUAUUCCAACACACCUAAACAUUCCCUCUGUCUGUAUUUCACAGUGCAGAAGAUUGAGGUGGUGAAGGGCCUGCUGGCGGAGGUCAAGGCCAAUGAGAAGGAGACACUGACCCUGGAGGUGGAGCUAAGUCAAGCUGACGUGGAGGGUUCCUGGACCAGGAACGGGGCCAAGCUCAAGGCAGGGUCCAACUGUCGCAUCACGACCCUUGGAAAGAAGCAUGCCCUUACACUGUCCCAACUCAAGAUGGAGGACGCAGGAACCAUUGUCUUCCAAGCGGAAGGGGUCAAGUCUUCUGGCAAGCUCAUUGUUACAGGUAGGUUAUCUAAAUAUUUGUCCAACAUAAAGCUAUUCAUCAAGUUGAGUGUUAUUUGAAGUGGCAUCUGUUAUUUAAAUGCUGUACCUUUUUGCAUUGUGGCUCCUACAGAACCUGCUGCUAUGAUCUCUAAGCCAAUGGAGGAUGUCAAAGCUCCAGAGAAGGAGAAGGCAACACUUGAGUGUGAGGUGUCCAGAACCAAUGCUGAGGUCAAGUGGUUCAAGGUGAGAAAACAUAUUCCAGUGGUAAAUCAUAGAAGUCGAACAUCCAGUCAUACAAAACGAGAAAGUGUUCAAUGUCAUCAAUUUGCUUUGCAUAAUUGUAUAUACAAAGUGAAGUAAUAAUUUGUACUAAAAGAUCACUGUUCUCUAGGGUGACACGGAACUAAAACCAGGAAAGAACUUUGGCAUCCACUCCCAGGGUCGCACGCGCAGCCUCCUCAUCCAUAAAUGUUCCAAAGAGGAUGAGGGCACAUACGUCUGUCGAACGUCUGACGACAAUACAUCAGCCAAACUCACUGUACAUGGUAUGAGUCCCCACGUUAUUCAAAUGAUACAACAUGAUACACGGUAUAUUAUGCAAUCCAAUGAUAAUGAUCAUAUAAUACAAUCCAAUGAUGAUUGUAUAGGCUUGUCAAUGAUAGUUGUACUUACAGGUAGGUAAAGAUGGUGCAUGUCUCACUUUUAAAUAAUAGACCUCCUUCUUACCAGAUAUAUAGCUAUGAAUCAAUGUAAAAUAACAUCCUUAUUCCAUUCAGUAUUAGAUGUGUUGAAGGCUCUCUAAUGUCUCUUUUUAUGGUCUCUUGUGCUUCUCCCCCAUAGCCCGAGACAUUAAGAUAGUGAAGAAGCUGGAGGAUGUGGAGGUGAUGGUGAAGGAGAGUGCAUCAUUCAUCUGUGAGAUCUCUCACGAUGAAGUGGACUGCCAGUGGUUCAAAGGCGACACCAAACUCAAAGUCAGUGACAACAUCAAGAUGAGACAAGAGGGUGAGGAGGAUACACACAUUUGCCAUUCUUUCCAAGUAUAUGUUUAGAUGUCAAUUUUAGUAAUAGACACUAAUACAUUUUAGUAAUAGACACUCAUGAAUCAGCGUUUGAAUUAUUAGCCAUCAUUGAUCAAUUAGGGCUAAUUUACUAUUUCAGUGUUUUAACAUUCUGUACUGUUCUUAGAAGUUGCCCUCUUUCAAUUGAAGGUAAAAUCUAUGUGCUGCUGUUUAAGUCGGUGACACCAGAAGACGUGGCAGAGAUUAAAUUCACAGCUGAGAAGGCCUCUUCAACGGCCAAACUGACAGUGAAAGGUAAUGAAACAAAGUCAAUUUCCAGCAUGCAUUACCCAUAGAAUGGUAUUUACGGCACAAUAAGCCAUAUGAUAGAAUGUCUUUGUAAAUUAAUCAUGUUCAGGUCAGCUCAUCACAAUAUACAUAACAAAUUCACAGAAUUCACUAACACUUAUUAAACAGGCCAUUGGUGAAUGCAGUGCUCUAACCAUAACUAAAAUCUUAAAAAGACGAUGUCAACUGAUCCAGUUAGUCAAUCGGUCAGCUAGUUAGUCUGUCCUCUGUUUCCUCAGUUAUUUUCGUGAGGUUUAUUUUGGUUCAGCAGCCAGAUGUUUGUGGGAAUUGCCUCUUUUAUUCUGAAAUGUUGGGGUUUUGUAUCCCUGGCCAGAGGGCAAGAUGACCCCUGAGAAUUUGUAGAGGUUGUGCAUUGUUUCCCUGGAAAUCCAUAGUAUGGUGUUUUUUUGAUGUACGGUUUUUACAUCCUCUGGAAACCUGAACCACAGGACCCAGAUCCUAGGGUGACCUGACCACCCUCGGGAGCUUGCUCUCAUGUUGCUUAUGGAGAUCCCUCUGUACCAGGCCAGGAUUGAAAUGGUAAUGUGGUGGCUAUCCGAGGCCCUCAGGAUGUUGGAGUAGAUGGAGGACAGCACAGGAGAAAUCACUGUUCCUUGGGGGAGCCUGUGGAUGUGAAUUGCACAAGGAGAUGUGGAGUUGUUUUCUUUGGCUUACUGACCCCUACUGAGGAGAAAGUAAAUGACCCACUAAAUUAGACUUAGGUCCACUUUGAGGUCCUUAAAUAAAAAUAAAAAAUUAAAUUGUGCCGUCUGGUUUGCUUAAUAUAAGGAAUUUGAAAUUAUUUAUACUUUUACUUUUGAUACUUAAGUAUAUUUUAGAAAUUACAUUUACUUUUGAUACUUAAGUAUAUUUAAAACCAAGCCUUACUGAAGAGCUCAGUGACUUUCAACGUGGAACCGUCAUAGGAUGCCACCUUUCCAACAAGUCAGUUCGUGAAUUUCUGCCCUGCUAGAGCUGCCCCACUCAACUGUAAGUGCUGUUAUUGUGAAGUGGAAACGUCUAGGACAGGGUUCUUCAAUUCCGGUCCUGGAGGGCCGAAACACUGUUUUUUAUUUCUACCUGGUAGUUAAUUGCACUCACCUGGUGUCCCAGGUCUGAAUUAGCCCCUGAUUAGAAGGAGAGGAUGAAAAACAGAGGUGUUUCGGCCCUCCAGGACCGGAAUUGAAGAACCCUGGUCUAGGAGCAUCAACGGCUCAGCCGCGAAGUGGUAGGCCACACAAGCUCACAGAACGGGACCGCCGAGUGCUGAAGCGCAUUGCAUGUAAAAUUUGUCUGUCCUCGGUUGCAACAAUCACUAUCGAGUUCCAAACUGCCUCUGGAAGCAACGUCAGCACAAUAACUGUUUGUCGGGAGCUUCAUGAAAUGGGUUUCCAUGGCCGAGCAGCCGCACACAAGCCUAAGAUCACCAUGCGCAACGCCAAGCGUCGGCUGAAGUGGUGUAAAGCUCACCGCCAUUGGACUCUGGAGAAGUGGAAACGCGUUCUCUGGAUUGAUGAAUCACGCUUCACCAUCUGGCAAAGGAGACCUGCCCCAAUUCAUAGUGCCAACUGUUAAGUUUAGUGGAGGAGGAACAAUGGUCUGGGGCUGUUUUUCAUGGCCCCUUAGUUCCGGUGAACACUAAAUCUUAACGCUACAGCAUACAAUGACAUUCUAGACAAUUCUGUGCUUCCAAUUUUGUGGCAACAGUUUGGGGAAGGCCCUUUCCUGUUUCAGCAUAACAAUGCCCCCGUGCACAAAGUGAGGUCCAUACAGAAAUGGUUUGUCGAGAUCGGAAUGGAAGAACUUGACUGGCCUGCACAGAGCCCUAUUCUCAACCCCAUCAAACAUCUUUGGGAUGAAUUGGAACACCGACUGCGAGCCAGGCCUAAUCGCCCAACAUCAGUGCCCGACCUCACUAAUGCUCUUGUGGCUGAAUGGAAGCAAGUCCCCACAGCAAUGUUCCAACAUCUAGUGGAAAGCCUUCCCAUAAGAGUGGAGGCUGUUAUAGCAGCAAAGGGGGGACCAACUCUAUGUUAAUGGCCAUGAUUUUGGAAUGAGAUAUUUGACGAGCAGGUGUCCACAUACUUUUGGUCAUGUAGUGUAUGUUGGAAGCAACUGUACAGUAAAUUGAUCAGAUGUGCUUACGGGUGGUUUCUGCAUAGGCUUAUAGGUGUCUUUGGUAUUGCCAUGGCCGGUCAAGUACUUUCUCUUCUCUGUCGAAUGUAUUAGUUUUGUGCUGCUUAAUGCUUUGAUGUAUGAUAGAGUUUUGAUAUGCUACUGUGGUACUGCUAAGUAUGGCUUGUUUGUAUAGAUAUGGUUGUUAUAGCUACUGUAGAGCAGCUCCCUGUCCAGUUUGUGAAGAAGCUCAGGGAUAAGUUAGCCAUGCAUACACACCGUGGGUUCUUGAAAUGUCAAGUGUCUCGGGCCAUUGCCAAGGUCAAGUGGUACAAGAACAAGAAGGAGAUUAAGCCCAGCAAGAAGCACGAGAUUAGCAGCGAGGGUAUAUACCGCAAACUCACCAUCAAUGACGUGGGCUCGGACUACGAGGAUAAUUACACCUGUAACGCCAUCGACAACAAGACAUCCUGUAAACUUAUUGUGGAAGGUAACGGGAGGAAAACCAGGACAUGGUCUAUUGUAAACUUCUAGGAAUUUUCUUUAAAGUGUGUUUUUAUAAAGUAUGAUGUGGCUUUAUAAAAAUACACUUACAAUCUCUUUUAGGACACAGUUCUGCCAGUCAGUGAGUAAAUGAAUGGAAAUGGCACUCUUAACAGAUCCCUAAAGAGUGUAUUUAAGAGUGCUUCUACCUCAGGUUUGACCUACACGCUCGGUAUCUAUGAUCUCUCUAGAGCAGGCCAUCAGCAUCGUACGGGAGCUAAGUUCCGUGGAAGUGACCGAGCCCUUCGCCGCCGCCUUCGAGGUGGAGAUCAACAUCGACUCAGUCAAGCCCCCCAAGUGGACCCUGAAUAGAGUGACCGUACAGGAGAGCGAUGACGUGGAGAUGGAGAAGGAGGGCACCAUGCACCGCCUCACCUUCAAGAAGACCAAGGCCUCCAUGACGGGACCUAUCCAGUUCAUGGCUGGCAAGAGCAAGUCUGUGGCCCAGCUCACUGUCAAAGGUCAGAGGCUUCUCCACACACAGAGCACCAUAUUCCCAGUGGGUAUAGCUGGUUGAAAUAACGUUAUUACAACCAGAUUACAACCAGAACUGGGUUAGGAGCAUGUUACAUGACUUGCCUAUAAUCAGAGCUGUUUGCACUUCUUAUUCUCACGACUACAGAGCGCCCUCUUGAGGUUGUAGAGCCCAUUAAAGAUGUGACAGCCAAAGAGAAGGGCUCAGCCACGCUGAGCUGCAAGUUCUCCACCGCACCCAAAGAGGUGAGCUGGUUCAAAGGCCAAACCCUCCUGGCGGCGUCAGACAAGUACAGCCUGAAACAGGACGCUGUGCGUGCUCAGCUGACUAUACAGAAGCUGACUGGGGAAGACACUGGAGACUACCGCUGUCAGUCGGCUGCUGCUGAGACCAAAGCCACUCUCACUGUAGAGGGUACGUUUUGUAUUGCUUUUAAGUGUUGAUUUGACUUCAAUGCUAAUUGCUUUUCUGAGCAUUGAUGGUUCAAAUGAGAUUCCAUCCUCUUUAUUUAAACCAAAUCCAUGGUACAAUGAGGAUGUGUGCUGUGGCUUAUCGCAGUUCGGAAAGUGGAGAUCACCACACACCUGGUGGACACAGAGGUGGAUGAGGACAGUGAUGCGGUGUUCACCUGUGAGAUCAGCUACGCUGAUGAGGAGGUGCAAUGGCUGCUCAAUGACAAAGCACUCUUCUCCAACGAAGUCAACACCAUCACACACGUGGGCAAAGUGCACAUGCUCACACUCAAGAACCUGGCAACUGAGGAUGGGGGCACCAUCACCUUCAAGGUCAGGGAGGUCAAGGAGGUUGUGACCCUAAAGGUCAAAGGUAAGGACUCAUGACCUGGUCUGGUUCCAAGUCAAAAUACUGUAGUGUAGAAGUGGGACUAAAGAAUAUGUUAAACAUCUUUGACUGGUGGUUGUGGGGUUAAGUCUUGCUCUCCAUUUGGAUUCCUCCAGAGAAGCGUACAGUUUUCCUCAAGUCUCUGGAUGAUGUGGUGGGAGAAGUGAACGGUAUGAUCACCCUGACGUGUGAGGCCUCCAAGCCCAGGGUCUCCCCCACCUGGAGGAAAGAUGGUACGGUCCUGACCACUGGGCCUAAGUAUGAGGUACUGCACACAGGCAAGUCCCUUGGUCUGAUCGUCAAAGCCGUUACCAAGGAAGACGCAGGGGAUUACAGCUGUGACCUGGGAACUGAGCUUUCCAAGUCAAAUGUCACUGUGCGAGGUGUGUAUGAUGACACUGCAUAACUUGCAAACAAAUUAGUAUAGUGUGCUGAAGCCUCUACAGCAAUUGUGUCAUCAUGUCCUUGAAACAAAAAUCCUCUCCCCACCCUUUACGUAGACCUGAGCACAGGUAUCACCAAGCAGUUGAAGUCUGUGGAGGCGAUGGAGGGAGACACAUGUAGCUUUCAGUGUAUUCUAUCACGGGAGAGCACUGACGAGUGUUCCUGGACCUUGAAUGGCCAGACUGUGGCGAAUGGAGGACGCUUCCAGGUCUCCAGUACAGGUCGCAAGCACAUUCUGGUUAUCAAGGACGUGACACCAGCUGAUGCUGGUGAGGUGGUUUUCAACAUCAAGAACAUGAACUCGAAGACUACCCUAGCUGUUGAAGGUCAGACAUCUGUAUCAGUUGAGAUUCUAACAUCAAUCUGCAUGGCUUUUAGCAUUCAUUGUUUUGAAACUUCGAUCAACUAUCAUAUUAAAUUGGGUAUGUAGACCAUUGGGAGAAAUUCACCAAAUUAACCAAUUAAUAACAUUAACCAAUUUCUGAGCUUUUUUGUUUCUGUAGUUGGAAGGAAAUUGAGCCAUCCUCAGAAUUAAAACAAAGGAAAUAUAAAUGUCCUUUAUUUCAGGCAAAACCCAAUCUGUGUCACGGGAGCUGCAGAGCGUCAGUGUUGUCUCAAGGGAGGAUGCUGUGUUCACCUGUGAGGUCACACAGACCAGCGCCACUGUGCAGUGGGCCAAGGAUGGGAAGGAGAUCAAGAAGAGUGAGAAGUAUGAGAUCAGCAAAGAGGAGAGGGUCAUGAAGUUGACCAUCCACAGCGUCACUGUCCAGGACUCUGGCGAAUAUAGUUGUGAGGUCAUCGGAGGGGCCACUACCAAGGCCAAGCUGGAGGUCAAAGGUAAGUCUGACAAGUUCCUUUCACAGACACCUUUAGUUGUUUAAUGGUUCUUGUUUACUGGAUAUUCAGGUAUCAUUGACCACUUUUCAACUAUGACCGCUUUUUAAUGUUAAAUAACACUAAAUAUAAGCACUGCCUCUCCUACCUCAAUGCCUUCUGCUGUGCUCCUACCGGAAUGUCCCUUUCUUCAGAGCCAGUCCACAAGUUCACCAAGGAGCUGAAGGACAGGGAGGCAGAAGAAAAGGGCUCAGUGACCCUGCAGUGUGAGACGACCCAGCCUGCCUCCAAGGCCACCUGGUCCAAGGGAGGCGUAGAGCUCAAGGCCGGGGGACGCUGCGAGAUGACCCAGAAGGAGACCGUUCUCACCCUCACCAUUAAACAGCUGGAGGAGAAAGACAGCGGAACUUACACCUGUGACGUGGGCACCGCCAAGAUGACGGCUAAGGUGACAGUCAAAGGUAAGACCAGUGCUUUCAAUUACUAUGAGAUCACCAAACAAUUCAUGGUGAAUUGAUAUUACCUUUGACUGAAAUCAUGGUUUUGCACAUUAAUAUGUUAAUAACGUUUUUAUAUAGUAAUUACAGUCGCUGUAAAUGGAAGAGCUUUGCUGAUGUGCAGACUGCUGUGAAUAGCAUGGCACAGAGCUUUGAAUUAAUGUUGAGAAUUUGGAUUCUUUCCUCAAAAAUGUUUUGUGAGUGAUGUGUUUCACCUCUGUCAACUUCUAAAGAUCAGAACUUGAGUAUUACUAGAGGUUAUAUGAGUCAUAGUUUGGUUGUGGUGUCUCAGAGCUGACAUUGUGACAUCUAGUAAGAUUGACUCCCCUGCUUGUCUUCUUGAGCAGACAUGCCGAUCAUUACAACAUUCAUACGAUGCAACAGUAUUGACUGAGCAUAAUUCGUGUCCCUUCUUACUGUCUAAUCCCAUGCUGGUUGGUGGACAAGAAACACAUUAUGCUCAGAGCAGCAUGUGCUGUGCCUCGUCUGUGCUUCUCGUCACGGUCUAUGAUGUGUUCCAUCCAGGCCAGACAGUGCUCAUAGUCGAGCCACCCCAGGACGUUGAGUGUUUCGAGGGGGACUCUGCCACGUUUAGGUGCCUUGUCAGCCCGCCUGACCUGCCUCAUCAGGUGCAGUGGUGCCUAGACCAAACCCCUCUGCAGCCCAGCCCCCUCAAUGAGAUCCAGGUACCUGAGGGGGGUUUCCACUCUCUCACCAUGAGGGAGCUGACCCCAAUGGAUUCAGGCACAAUCUCUGUGGUGGUUGGGGAUAAGAGAGUGUACGCUUCGCUAAUAGUCAAAGGUAACUCCCAUGGCCGGGUCCAUGGUUCGAAUUAUAUGGAGGCUAUAGGGGGCUGGGCACCCUCAUAACAAUCCCCCCCCCCCCCCCCCCCCCCCCCCCCCAGUAGAUACCAGAGAUGGAAGUGCAUCACUGCGUUUUCCCUCUUCUUCAGUUUCUCUGAAAUUGAAAUUAUACUUGCUUGACUUUUGACGUUCAUCUAGACUCGUCUUUGCAGUGUGCAUUGGGAAAUGCACAGUUUAUCCAAUAUCAUAAGUGACCACCGCUGGUGUCUUCGAUGCCUGUGGCACCAUUCAUACCAUCAGAUCUCAGUCAACCAUUCUGUAUCGGUCUGCGUUGGUCUUGUUAAUCAUUUUUUUGUCUUUGGGUCUCCCAUCCUCAUGGAAACUGCAUGAUGUACAGUAUUUGAAUCCAUGACGCAGGUUAAAGAGUAAAGAGAGAAAUAUUUGAUUCUUGAAGGAUGCGUACUUAGUUGUCCAAUUUAUUUGCUCACUCUGCUCAGAAACAAAUAAGUGAAGAGGUGACUCCGGGAUGCUGAUCUUCUAGGCAGAGUUGCAAAGAAAAAGCCAUAUCUCAGACUGCCCAUCUUAAUAUUUUAUUUUUAUUGGCCAGUCUGAGAAUGGCUUUUUCUUUGCAACUCUGCCUAGAAGGUCAGCAUCCCGGAGUCGCCUCUUCCCUGUUGACGUUGAGACUGGUGUUUUGCGGGUACUAUUUAAUGAAGCUGCCAGUUGAGGACCUGUGAGGCGUCUGUUUCUCAAACUAAACACUCAAAUGUAUUUGUCCUCUUGCUCAGUUGUGCACCGGGGCUUCCCACUCCUAUUCUGGUUAGAGACAGUUUGCGCUGUUCUGUGAAGGGAGUAGUACACAGCGUUGUAUGAGACCUUCAGUUUGUUGGCAAUUUCUCGCAUGGAAUAGCCUUCAUUUCUCAGAACAAGAAUAGACUGAUGAGUUUCAGAAGAAAGUUAUUUGUUUCUGGCCAUUUUGAGCCUGUAAUCGAACCCACAAUUGCUGAUGCUCCAGAUACUCAACUAGUCUCAAGAAGGCCAGUUUUAUUGCUUCUUUAAUCAGCACAACAGUUUUCAGCUGUGCUAACAUAAUUGCAAAAGGGUUUUCUAAUGAUCCAUUAGCCUUUUAAAAGGACUGAUGGUUGCUGAUAAUGGGCCUCUGUACGCCUGUGUAGAUAUUCCAUUAAAAAUCAGUAGUUUCCAGUUACAAUUGCCAUUUACAACAUUAACAAUGUAUACACUGUAUUUCUGAUCAAUUUGAUGUUAUUUUAAUGGACAAAAAAAAAGCUUUUCUUUCGAAAACAAGGACAUUUCUAAGUGACCCCAAACUUUUGAACGGUAGUGUAUACGUGUGUGUGUGACCAUAUCGGCUCAGUUUUACAUAAAAGGUUUUGAGUAUGCUUCUAUUGUGUCUUGGAAAAUACUGCAGGGACAUUAUCCCUAUCUGGAAACUAUUCUGAAUAUUGUUCAUAUACAGAUGGUUGCCUCAAUGCAAAGUUUUGCUGCAUAAGUGAUGCCAAAAGCUCCACAAAUGUCUUUCUCUGUAUGCUGCUGAUCCUUUGUGCACUUCGGAAGGAUUUCAUUUUGUGGUGGUGUUCAGCUGUGAACACCAUAUUCAUUCCAUGUACUGGUUUGAUUACUAUCUUCAUUUAACAAGUCAUCUGUUUCGUUGAACAACCCAAUCAUUGGAAUCAUAUUUAGGUUCCAAAGGACAGCAUUGAAAGCAUCUGGAUCACCAUCAUCGUCCAUUACCCAUUCUUCUCCACCAUUUUGAUUCUUAUGCCCUUCCAUUUCAACUGAAGAUUGCAAAGAACAUGAUUUAGCCUACUUGUUAUUGAAGUUGGGCCUGUUCGUCUUUUUCCAGCCUUGCCUGCCAGCUUUAUACAGAAGCUGAAGAACCAGCAGGCCAAGGAAGGAGAGAGUGUCACUCUGUGCUGUGUGUUAGCCAAACCUGGAGCCAAGGUCCAGUGGAAUAAAGGCACUGAGAAUCUCAAAGCUGGAGACAAAUAUGAGAUGAAGCAAAAAGAUGCCUCCUGUGAGCUUCAGAUAAAACAUCUAAAGGUUGAAGACAGUGGAGAGUACUCCUGUGAGUGUGGAGACCAGAAGACCACAGCGACUAUAAACGUCAAUGGUAUGGGUACAUAUUCUUGGUCAAUGGGAAUGUUGGGGAAGUCUUGUUGAUAUGUGUAACGUCAUGUAUUGGUAGCACAAAUGUGUGUAGUUAUUGUACUGUAUAUACAGUAUAAUUGCAUAUUUAAAUCAAUGAUAUUUCAGCGUUACCUGUGACCUUCAAACACAAGCUGCAGAGCCAGGAGGCUGAUGAGGGGGGCAGUGUUACCCUGCACUGUGAGCUCUCUAAACCUGGGGUCCCAGUAGAAUGGAGGAAGGGAACACAGGUGCUGAAGUCUGGAGAAAAGUACCAGAUGAAGCAGAAAGAAUCUGUGAGUGAACUCCUGAUCAGCAAAGUAGUACCAGAGGACAGUGGAGACUACAGCUGUGUGUGUGGAGACCAGAAGACUACAGCCAGUCUCAAGAUUAAGGGUAGGAUGAAGAUUGUUGUUACUGUAUACACAAAAAUGUACUAAACAUUUUUUUGUGUCAAUUUAGCAUUAUUGUCAUGCAUAUUAUUAGAAUUUUAGGAAUCAAUAUUGUUUUCCUCAGAAAUUAGACUUUGUAUGUAUUUUUCUUUUCCUAUGAAUGGUUUGUCUCUGUGUUUGUAUUUAGUCUCUAUUUCAGUUCAGUUUGGUCAAUGCGUGUGGUCUGUCUCCAUGUCUUCAGUUUGUCCAUCUGUGUGUGUCUGUCUGUCGAUCGAACUCUGUUUGAUCUGUUUUUUCAAAUGUUUUGAACUGCUCAAUUAUUCCUGAGGUUGUUCAUAUAUUGGCAGAACAGAAAAUAUCCUUUAUCGUUGGUGUAGAUUAAAUUGUGUAGGGUUACCGAAGCUUUACAUAUUGCCUACAUGUCUCUGUCUCAGUGUUUUGUUAGUUUUUGGUCACUGUGUCUCUGUGUUAAUAUUACCUGUGCUUUCAACCAUGUUAUUGUCAUAGGUUUAGAAGUUGUACUCAUGUCAACUUGUUAUUUUUCUGGUGUAUAUCACAAUACAUGGUCAUGUUUUAAUUAUCAGCCUAACCAGUGAAGUUCAAGCAAAAACUGAGGAGUCAGGAGGCUGAGGAGGGGGGCAGUGUUACCCUGCACUGUGAGCUCUCUAAACCUGGGGUCCCUGUGGAAUGGUGGAAGGGAACACUAGAUCGAUGUUAAACGUAUUUACAAGUACUGUAUAAUUGUUGGGUUCUUGCGAUGUUCUGAUCAGUUGUAGGUAAUAUUUCAAAUGGAAUUUCAGUGCAUUGUCAAGCAGAUGAGUUUUGAUUUUAAAUGUAUCUGUGUUCGAUAAUUGUCAGUUAUGAUGUCCAUUUGUUGGUUAACUUUCGUCAUGUUUUGAGAAAUGUCAUGUUAUGUCUGUCUCUCUCUGUGUUUUGUCUUUGUGUCUGUCUGUGGAUACUUUGUUUCAGUUUUACAUCUGUGUAUCAUUGUUUAUAUCACUGAUUCAAGGUGUUAUAUUGUUGUUUAUAUAUUUCUUUGUACUGUUUUGUUCCAUUUAUUGCUUUGAGUGUGUUUCAUUGACUAUGUGAGGAUGACUUUCAUUUUUGGUUUCUAACUGUGGUCAUUCAUAACUUACCCAUGAAUGACUUUUCAGCCCAACCUGUGACCUUCAAAUACAAACUGCAGAGCCAGGAGGCUGAGGAGGGGGGCAGUGUUACCCUGCACUGUGAGCUCUCUAAACCUGGGGUCCCAGUAGAAUGGAGGAAGGGAACACAGGUACUGAAGUCUGGAGAAAAGUACCAGAUGAAGCAGAAAGAAUCUGUGAGUGAACUCCUGAUCAUUAAAGUAGUACCAGAGGACAGUGGAGACUACAGCUGUGUGUGUGGAGACCAGAAGACUACAGCCAGUCUCAAGAUUAAGGGUAGGGGGAAGAUCGAUGUUAAAAAUAUUUACAAGUACUGUAUAAUUGUUGUGUUCUUGCGAUGUUCUGAUCAGUUGUAGGUAAUAUUUCAAAUGGAAUUUCAGUGCAUUGUCAAGCAGAUGAGUUUUGAUUUUAAAUGUAUCUGUGUUCGAUAAUUGUCAGUUAUGAUGUCCAUUUGUUGGUUAACUUCAUCAUGUUUUGUGAAAUGUCAUGUUAUGUCUGUCUCUCUCUGUGUUUUGUCUUUGUGUCUGUCUGUGGAUACUUUGUUUCAGUUUUACGUCUGUGUAUCAUUGUUUAUAUCACUGAUUCAAGGUGUUAUAUUGUUGUUUAUAUAUUGUUUUUGUACUGUUUUGUUCCAUUUAUUGCUUUGAGGGUGUUUCAUUGACUAUGUGAGGAUGACUUACAUUUCUGUUUUCUAACUGUGGUCAUUCAUAACUUACCCAUGAAUGACUUUUCAGCCCAACCUGUGACCUUCAAACACAAGCUGCAGAGCCAGGAGGCUGAGGAGGGGGGCAGUGUUACCCUGCACUGUGAGCUCUCUAAACCUGGGGUCCCAGUAGAAUGGAGGAAGGGAACACAGGUACUGAAGUCUGGAGAAAAGUACCAGAUGAAGCAGAAAGAAUCUGUGAGUGAACUCCUGAUCAUUAAAGUAGUACCAGAGGACAGUGGAGACUACAGCUGUGUGUGUGGAGACCAGAAGACUACAGCCAGUCUCAAGAUUAAGGGUAGGGGGAAGAUCGAUGUUAAAAAUAUUUACAAGUACUGUAUAAUUGUUGUGUUCUUGCGAUGUUCUGAUCAGUUGUAGGUAAUAUUUCAAAUGGAAUUUCAGUGCAUUGUCAAGCAGAUGAGUUUUGAUUUUAAAUGUAUCUGUGUUCGAUAAUUGUCAGUUAUGAUGUCCAUUUGUUGGUUAACUUCAUCAUGUUUUGUGAAAUGUCAUGUUAUGUCUGUCUCUCUCUGUGUUUUGUCUUUGUGUCUGUCUGUGGAUACUUUGUUUCAGUUUUACGUCUGUGUAUCAUUGUUUAUAUCACUGAUUCAAGGUGUUAUAUUGUUGUUUAUAUAUUGUUUUUGUACUGUUUUGUUCCAUUUAUUGCUUUGAGGGUGUUUCAUUGACUAUGUGAGGAUGACUUACAUUUCUGUUUUCUAACUGUGGUCAUUCAUAACUUACCCAUGAAUGACUUUUCAGCCCAACCUGUGACCUUCAAACACAAGCUGCAGAGCCAGGAGGCUGAGGAGGGGGGCAGUGUUACCCUGCACUGUGAGCUCUCUAAACCUGGGGUCCCAGUAGAAUGGAGGAAGGGAACACAGGUACUGAAGUCUGGAGAAAAGUACCAGAUGAAGCAGAAAGAAUCUGUGAGUGAACUCCUGAUCAUUAAAGUAGUACCAGAGGACAGUGGAGACUACAGCUGUGUGUGUGGAGACCAGAAGACUACAGCCAGUCUCAAGAUUAAGGGUAGGGGGAAGAUCGAUGUUAAAAAUAUUUACAAGUACUGUAUAAUUGUUGUGUUCUUGCGAUGUUCUGAUCAGUUGUAGGUAAUAUUUCAAAUGGAAUUUCAGUGCAUUGUCAAGCAGAUGAGUUUUGAUUUUAAAUGUAUCUGUGUUCGAUAAUUGUCAGUUAUGAUGUCCAUUUGUUGGUUAACUUCAUCAUGUUUUGUGAAAUGUCAUGUUAUGUCUGUCUCUCUCUGUGUUUUGUCUUUGUGUCUGUCUGUGGAUACUUUGUUUCAGUUUUACGUCUGUGUAUCAUUGUUUAUAUCACUGAUUCAAGGUGUUAUAUUGUUGUUUAUAUAUUGUUUUUGUACUGUUUUGUUCCAUUUAUUGCUUUGAGUGUGUUUCAUUGACUAUGUGAGGAUGACUUACAUUUCUGUUUUCUAACUGUGGUCAUUCAUAACUUACCCAUGAAUGACUUUUCAGCCCAACCUGUGACCUUCAAACACAAGCUGCAGAGCCAGGAGGCUGAGGAGGGGGGCAGUGUUACCCUGCACUGUGAGCUCUCUAAACCUGGGGUCCCAGUAGAAUGGAGGAAGGGAACACAGGUGCUGAAGUCUGGAGAAAAGUACCAGAUGAAGCAGAAAGAAUCUGUGAGUGAACUCCUGAUCAUUAAAGUAGUACCAGAGGACAGUGGAGACUACAGAUGUGUGUGUGGAGACCAGAAGACUACAGCCAGUCUCAAGAUUAAGGGUAAGAGAGAGUUAAUACAUUUAGAUGUGCCUUUGUCACUAAAUAUAUUUGGUCAAACUUAUUUUGGAUGGUCCGGAUUUUGCAUCUGUAGAUGUUCUACAGAUGGUCAUAGUAUCAACAAACUAUCUGUUGAUAAGAAGCUGCUUUCUAAAGUUAUGGAUAGGGUUAGGGUUAGUGUUAACAAGAGCCUCCGAAGCAGGAGACCAAACUAGAACAAGGUAGGAAGGGGAGCGUACAUGGAGAACAGUUUGGUUGUCUGCUUUAACUUGCCAUCUGUGCAGUUUGUCCUGCUUCUUGGUCCUGUUGAUGAUGUCGAUGAUGAUGUUUAUAUUCUUCGUUGGCCUUUUACAGUCAGUGCAUAUGUCGCUAUACUUGAAGUUUCUUGUGGUUUGUUUGUACCACUGUUUGUUGUGCUAAAAAAGGAAAUUAAGUGGGCAUCUUUGUCUCUUCACACGUGUUCGCCACGUCUGUUGCUGGCUGUUGUCCUGAAAAUGUUUUGUCCUGAUCAGUGUUGUAAGCUGCUCUCUGUAUUCUGUUUGCAGUCAGUCCACAUGUUCUGAAGGCUUUGUCUCAUUGCUUCUGCUGUUCACAGUUUUCAAAACAUAUAUUUAUUUGAGACUUGUGUGGUUCAUCCAUUGUUGGCAGUUUGUGUGGUACAUCCUUCUGUUGGCUGUUUUUCUGUUAUGGUCGGUCUUGUCAUAAAAGGUUUGGUUUUUAGGUUUUGUAUUCUAAGUUGAAUGUUUUAUCGCAGCUCUGAAGCAUUCAGCUCCUCCAGUAACUCCCAAACAGGAGGAGCCCCAGAAGGAGAAGGCCAAAAAGGAAGAAGGUAGGGAAGGAGAUGAACAAUUUGGUUUACUGCUUGGUCAUCUGUCUUUAUGGUAUGUCUGUAAGUACCUAUGUCUUGGCUGAAUGCGGUGUGCAACAUCCUAAAUCUGGGGAAAAUCUGAAAAUGGUAGUGGAAAUGUGUGUUUUAUUAAGACGUUACACAUAUUUUUCCCUUUUUUUCGGCGGCUCGCCAUUAAAGCUUUUUAAGGAGGAAAAUGAUGGCUUUGCAGGCUGAAUGGGGGAUGCUUCAUGUACGAGCCGGUCCACGGGGAACACAAGUGUAUUAACUGGAAUGCACAGCAAUCCUAGUCGAUAGUGCAGAUUUAGCGCCCACUGUCGGCUGCCUAGGCUAAGCAAUAUGGAACUCACCAAAUAAAUUCUUCCUAGUAGUAUUUUCAGUGACAAAUUGACCUAAUUUACAGGUGUAACUUUGUUUAUAGUGUUUGGAGAACAUUCAAAGUUUCUCUCUGAUACCUCAUCUCUACAGAAUCUCCUCUGUCAAUCAAGGGUGCAGGGCGGGACUAAUAUAGUAGCUUGCUUCUUAUUAGUGUCCGUGCUCUCCGGGAUCCUUGAAAUGUCCCUACCUCGUUGAAGUUGAAAUGUAAAAUGGUUAAGGUAAGGGUUAAGGUUAGGGUUAGGUAAGGGUUAUGGUUAAGUUUAGGGGUUAAGGUUAGGGUUAAGUAAGGGUUAUGGUUAAGGCUAGGGGUUAAGGUUAGGGUUAGGGUUUAGGGUAGGGAUGUUCCAAGGAUUCCGGAUAGCACUGACCAUUCUUAUUAGCCAGAUGUAGUUUACUGUUUAUUUGUCAAGAAUUAACCCUGAACCAGGUUACAACUCCAUCAGUCUUGGGAACAGAGAAAUACCACAGAUUGUGGUUCUUGCCAGUGUCCAUCUUUCUAUGUUUUGUAUGUGUAUGUAAACCUUGUCUGUGUACAAUUGUCCCCUUAGCUUUGAGUGGCCUGUCCUUGUUUUGGAUUCUCUGCUUCCCUUUGAGGGCAUGCCUUUGUAUCAGAGUUGGAUCUAAAGUGAAAUGUUUCAAGCCCCAGCUCCUCCAGUCACUCACAGACAACAUGAGCCCCAGAAGCAGCAGGAGACCAAAGAGACCCAGAAGGAGACAGUAGAAAGGAAGACAGUAGUAGAAGCCCAUGGUAGGAAAAGAUGAGAUAUGUUCUCUGUUGAGCUCAUUCUGGAAGUUAUAGAAUAUUGAGGUAUUAGGAUUUUUGCUAUAGCUUUAAAGCCUGAUGUUCCUGCCGCCCCCAAACCAGAGCCCCAAAAGGAGACAGUAGAGAUGAAGACAGUAGUUAAAGACCAUGGUAACAAUUAUUGACAUUACUGGUUACUUGUUGAAGUAAAGUUAAAGAAUGUUUAGUUAUUAUGGUGUUUUGUCAUAGUCUCGGAGCCUGCGAACCCUAUUGCUCCUGCCAUCCCCAAAACGGAGCCCCAGAAGGAGACAUUAGAGAAGAAGAUGGUAGUAGAAGCCCCUGGUAGGAAAGAUUAGCUAUCUGUUGUCUGUUGAGCUCAUACCUGUGCAUAGUCUGUCACAGCAAUUACAAAAUAUAUGGUAUUCUGGUGUUUGCUGUAUGUAAUUGUGUUUUUGAAUCUGGUGGAUAAUUGCAGUCAGAUAGGCCAACAAGCAGCAGUUCCUAUCUGUUUGCUUUAGCACUGUGUGACUCAUUUUUUGGGGUCUGUGCUUCAACUUGUGAUCCUCUUAGUAUUUUCUUACUUGACAUAAAUAUGUAAUAAUGUAAAAAUGUAAUGUAAUACUAAUAUGUUUUUGCUUGGUUUUCCCUCAAUUUGAAUGGUAGUGUGUGUCUGUUUUAAAUAUGUUUUGUUAUAUGAUGUAAUUUCAAUUCAUGUUUAUGCUGUCACGCGUGUUAUUGAGUUUUCUGCUUUUUAGACAACCGAUGAAGUUCAGUUAUACACUGAGUGUCCAAAACAUUAGGAACACAUGACAUAGACUGACCAGGUGAAUCCAGGUGAAAGCUAUGAUCCCUUAUUGAUGUCACCUGUUAAAUCCACUUCAAUCAGUGUAGAUGAAGCAGAGGAGACCGGUUAAAGAAGAAUUGUUAAGCCUUGAGACAAUUGAGCAUGUUUUGAGUAUGUGUGCCAUUCAGAGGGUGAAUGAGCCAGACACAAUAUUUAAAUGACUUUGAACGGGGUAUGGUAGUAGGUACCAGGCGCACCGGUUUGAGUGUUUCAAAAACUACAACGCUGCUUCCCACAGUUUCCCGUGUGUAUCAAGAAUGGUCCACCACCCAAAGGACAUCCAGCCAACUUGACACAACUGUGGGAAGCAUUGGAGUCAACAUGGGCCAGUAUCCCAGUGGAACGCGUUCGAUAACUUGUAGAGUCCACGCUCCAACGAAUUGAGGCUGUUCUGAGGGCAAAAGGGGCUCCAACUCAAUGUUAGGAAGGUGUUCCUAAUGUUUUGUCCACUCACUGGUAGUCAUUUUGGUGUUUUGUCAUAGUCUCUAAGCCUGUUGUAGAAAAGAAGACCGUAGAAGCCCCUGGUAGGAAAGAUGAGCUAUCUGUUGUCUUUUCAACUCAUACCUGUGUGUAGUCUGUCACAUCAAUUCAAAUAAGGCUGUUCUUUGGCCUAUCUGUUCAACUUCAAGCAAACAUAAUUUAUGGCUUUAGCAUUGUGUGGCACAUUUUGGGGGUGUAUAUAGUCAUUUUGGUGUUUUGUUAUAGCCUUUAAGCCUGCUGCUCCUGCCACCCCCAAACCGGAGCCCCAGAAGGAGGAGACGGUAGAAAAUAAGUCUGUUGUAGACGCUCAUGGUGGGUACUUUUCGUAUAGGGACUGCUGCUCUUUGGUCAAUUUGUUCAAGCGAACGUCAUUUGUGGCUUUAGCAUUGUAUGGCUAAUUUUGGGGUUUCUGCUUCAUCUUGUGGUCCUGUUAGUGUGUCCUGUAAGCUUCUUCUGUUUAGUCUUUGUCCUUCAUUUGCUGUGUAGGCUAUGUAGUGGUAGUCUGUGUCACUGCCUGUUUCUCUCUUUGAAGACUGUUGUAUGACGUUGGGAAUUGAUGUUCAUGAGUUCAUGCAUUUGGUUGAGCUUUCUGCUUACUAGACAGAUGCUGAAGUUAAAUUAUAUACCGGUAGUUAUUUUGGUGUUUUGCUAUAGCCAUGAAGCCUGCUGCUCUUGCCUCCACCAAACUGGAGCCCCAGAAGGAGGAAGUAGAGAAGAAGACGGUAGUAGAAGCCCCUGGUAGGAAAGAUUAGCUAUCUGUUGUCUGUUAAGCUCAUACCUGUGCAUAGUCUGUCAUAUCAAUUCAAAUACUACUGCUCUUUAUCCGUUCAAGUGAACAUCAUUUGUGGCUUUCACAUUGUGUGGCAAAUGUUUGGGUCUGUUUUAUCUUGUGUGGUCCUGUUAAGUGUGUGUCAUGUAUGACGGUUGUCCUUCACUCAAAGAGAUUUAAUGGCAGUUUGUCUGUUUAAAUACUUUUUGUUGUAUGACAUUGGGAAGUUAAAUCAUAUACCGGCUUUAAUGUUUUGUCAUAGCCGUGAUGCCUGCUGCUCCUGCCGCCCUCAAACCGGAACCACAGAAGGAGACAGUAGAGACGAAGACAGUAGUAGAAGCCCCUGGUAGGAAAAGAUGAGCUAUCUGUUGAGCUCCUACCUGUGCGUUGUCUGUCACAUCAUACUGUGUUGCUCAAUGUAAUGUUUCUUUUUUUUUCUUUUUCUAGUGGAUACAUUUUGUAGUCACAGGAAUUGCUGCUCUUUGGCCAAUCUAUUCUAGCGAAGAUUUGUGGCUUUAGCAUUGUGUGGCUAAGUCUCUAAGCCUGCUGCUCCUGCCACCCCCAAACCGGAGCCCCAUGAAGAAGACAGUAGAAAAGAUUAGCUACUUGGAGACUCAGAAAGCUUGGAUCUUUACACUUGCUUUACAUUUUAGCAGACGCUCUUAUCCAGAGCGACUUACAGUUAGUGAGUGCAUACAUUUUCAUACUGGCCCCCCGUGGGAAACGAACCCACAACCCUGGCAUUGCAAGCGCCAUGCUCUACCAACUGAGCUACAGGGGUAUGUGGUGAACAGUGUGGCUAGAUUCUUUCUGAAGGCAAGUUGUGUCACAUAGUCCUUCUGUAGCCCUUCAGCUAGCUUCCCGAAUCGUGUCCUUCUGUAGCCCUUCAGCUAGCUUCCCGAAUCCUGUCCUUCUGUAGCCCUUCAGCUAGCUUCCCGAAUCCUGUCCUUCUGUAGCCCUUCAGCUAGCUUCCCGAAUCCUGUCCUUCUGUAGCCCUUCAGCUAGCUUCCCGAAUCCUGUCCUUCUGUAGCCCUUCAGCUAGCUUCCCGAAUCCUGUCCUUCUGUAGCCCUUCAGCUAGCUUCCCGAAUCCUGUCCUCUGUAGCCCUUCAGCUAGCUUCCCGAAUCCUGUCCUUCUGUAGCCCUUCAGCUAGCUUCCCGAAUCCUGUCCUUCUGUAGCCCUUCAGCUAGCUUCCCGAAUCCUGUCCUUCUGUAGCCCUUCAGCUAGCUUCCCGAAUCGUGUCCUUCUGUAGCCCUUCAGCUAGCUUCCCGAAUCCUGUCCUUCUGUAGCCCUUCAGCUAGCUUCCCGAAUCGUGUCCUUCUGUAGCCCUUCAGCUAGCUUCCCGAAUCGUGUCCUUCUGUAGCCCUUCAGCUAGCUUCCCGAAUCGUGUCCUUCUGUAGCCCUUCAGCUAGCUUCCCGAAUCCUGUCCUUCUGUAGCCCUUCAGCUAGCUUCCCGAAUCGUGUCCUUCUGUAGCCCUUCAGCUAGCUUCCCGAAUCGUGUGGCUUCAGCUGGUUUGUCAGGCUGUUCUCUUAAGAGGUGUUGAGGUUCUUAUCAAAUGUUUUACUGUGCCACAGUAGAGAAAACUCCAGUUCCUGCAGUCACCCUUAAACCAGAGCCUCAGAAGCAGGAGACCAAAGAGACAGGAGAAUAGUUUGUCAUGCUUAAGUUCAGUACAUUGGUCAUUGUUCGUAUGAAUAGAUAAAAAAGUUCGACUUUGGGCUUUGUUUGCUUCCAUCUGGUUUGCUCGUGCAUUUUUAAAUGCAAAAGUUAUUCAACUCGUACUGUAGGCUAUCUGUUGUAGUUCCUGUUCAUUUCAUCCUUAAGUCGACGAAGUACACUCUUUAUUGAAAAUAUAUUCUGUUGAUUUUGUUUUGUCUGCAUACUUUGCCAUGCGUGGCGGCAGGUAGCCUGGCGGGUAGGAGCGUCGGGCCAGUAAACCGAAAGUUUGCUAGAUUGAAUCCCAGAGCUGACAAAGUAAAAAUCUGUUGUUCUGCCCUUGCCCCCGGGCACCGAUGAUGUCGAUUAAGGCAGCCCCCCGCACUUCUCUGAUUCAGAGGGGUUGGGUUAAAUGCGGAAGACACAUUUCAGUUGUACAACUGACCAGGUAUCCCCUUUUCCCUUCUAAAUGGGAGUUGAAAGAAAGUAGGCGACAAAUGAUGGUUGUCAUGUGAAUGGGUAAGAUUUGUAGCUCCGUGGACAUUAGGCUUUGUUCGCUUACGUCUGGUUCGCUUAGGUGCACAAUUUUAAAGUUGAUGUUAUAAUGAAGAUAUAUUCAACAGAUUUUUCAUGUUUGUACUGUAGUUGUGGAGACACCAGUUGCUCCUAUCGAGCCAAAACCAGAGACUGAAAAAGAGGAGAAGACAGUGGUAGAAGCCCAUGGUGGGAAAGGAUGAGCUUUCUGUUGCAGUCUACUCCUGUAUACUGCUGCCAUGUAGCUUGCAGUUGUAAUGUAUUACACAUCUCCUUGCCCUUAAAUGGGGAUCUACUAUAGGUCUUUACUUUGUUGUUUUUGUUGACCUUGCUGGAGUCUCCUUGUUGUAGAUUCCUUGUUGUAGUUUGAUUAUGAUAUUCCAGGUGUAUUCUGCGUACAAAAUAUUGAAUUUAGGCAGAGACCAGGAUUCUUCAUGCAGUGCUGUACAUAACCUUGAUUAUGUGUAAAGCCAGAGUAGUUAAAAUCUCACUUUCAAGGUGGUGGUGGGUCACACACACAUAUUUUUCAAUGCUGCUGGCCUGGACGGAUGGACACCAAGCAGAGAAGAGUGCAUACAUUAAUGGUCAUUGAAAGUGUUUACCAUACAUAGAGACAUCAUCCCAGUGGGAUCAUCUUCUAGACGCUAACACCAUAUGGGUUUGUGCUGUCUCUUUUUGAGGCGUUGUGACAGUGAAUGCAGAUAUUUUUUAACCCUUUAAUUUCUCAGCUCUUCCAGCCAUAUUCAAACAAGAUCUGGAGAGCCAGGAGGUUGAGGAGGGGGGCAAUGUUACCCUGCACUGUGAGCUCUCUAAACCUGGGGUCCCUGUAGAAUGGAAGGAGGGAACACAGGUUCUGAAGUCUGGAGAAAAGUACCAGAUGAAGCAGAAAGAUUGCAGUGUGAAACUCCAAAUCUGUGAUUUGAAACCUGAAGACACAGGAAACUACCACUGCAGCACUGGAGACACAGAGAGCUCAGCAUACCUGAAAGUCAAUGGUAGGAUGAUGAAGAGCUUUUCACUACAGCCCAAUUCUUCACUAGAACAGAAAAGAAAACCUUGAUCUGAAAUGCAAUAAACAGUUAGUAAAAGUUAUGCAAUACAACAGUUACCGUGGAAUAAUGCCUACCAUUUUUUUAUGUAAGUGUAGACUUAUAAUUCAUAUUUUGGGAUUUGGAUUUGUCAGUUCUCCCAGUCAUAUUCACCAAAGAGCUGGAGAGCCAGGAGGCUGAGGAGGGGGGCAGUGUUACCCUGCACUGUGAGCUCUCUAAACCUGGGGUCCCUGUAGAAUGGAGGAAGGGGGAGGUGGGUCUCUGCCCCUGUGCCAAGUAUGAAAUCGUCCAGGAAGGGCACAGUGCCAGACUAGUCAUCCACAGCUCAGACCCUGAAGACUCAGGCAGCUAUUUUUGUGACAGUGGUGACCGAAAAACCACAGCACACCUUGCUGUGAAGGGUAGGCUGAGAGAAAACUCUUCUGGUUUUAGCAGUGUAUGCUGUCGUGAAAGAAAAUCUAACUUUCCCACAUGUAUUAUAUAUAUUUUGUGGUUUAGAGGCACAAUUCUGCCCUCAACUUUUCUCUAUCUCACCUCUCCCGACCUCCACCGUUCCUACCGCCCCUCUUGCUUUCCACAGCCCUGCCUGUUUACUUCAAAACCCGACUACAGAAUCUAGAGUGGGACGCAGGUGAGAUCGCCAUCCUCCGCUGUGAGAUCACCAAGCCUGGGGCCAGCGUUGUCUGGAGCCGGGGCGACAGGGUCCUGGAGUCUAACAACAAGUAUCAGCUGAAACAGGAAGGGGCCAUUGUGAAGCUUAUCAUCUAUAACCUACAAGGGGCUGACUCUGGGGAGUAUAUCUGUGACACGGGUUACCAGAAGACCUCAUCCAUGCUCACUGUACAGGGUAGGGGACAAGAUUAAAGUCUGCUACUGUCUUCUGACAUUCUUUUUAAUCAUUCUCUCUCUCUAUACACUUCUUGAUUCAUGGCACCUCUCUUCUAAUUCACUCUAUCCCUACCAACCGCUUUCCAUCCUGAGUGAUUCCCACAAGACUAAUAUCACGCAAGGCUUUAGAGGACCAAAGGCCUAAAGAGCACGGAAUGAAAGCUUGUUGGUGAUCUUCAUCCAUUUCCUGAUUCACCUACUGCUUCCUAUGUCCUUCAUAUCCUUCACACCUUCCUCUGCACUUCUACCUUCGUAACCAUUCCACCCGAGCGCUCUGCUGUGAAGGACAAUGAUCUGUCUCACACUUCCACUUCUUCUGUCUUGACAGGAGCAACCUUAUGUCUUGACAGUUGUCUCUGUACUGUAACUGUAUUGUGUGUGUAUGGUUAGGAGCCUUAUUUCUGUUGGCAUCUAACCAUGUACACCCAUAUAGACACUAGUGCUCCCUUAGAGUGAGAUUCGCAUUUAAGCAGUAACACAUAACUGGCUUUUUAAAACAGAGAUGGAGGUGACCAUAGUGAAGGUCUUGAACAGCUGCUCGGUGCGCGAGGGGGAGGACGUUCACUUUGUGUGCCAUCUGUCCCACGAGAAUGCCAAGGAGGUCCAGUGGAAGCUUGCGGAUGUCCCCCUGCAGAACAAUGAGAUGAAUCUGAUCUGCGCUCAAGGCAAGGUGCACAGUCUCACCCUCAGGGGGGUCACCCAGGCCGACUCGGGCACAGUCACCUUCACUGUGGGCCACCAUACCUCCACCGCCAGCCUGACCGUCCGAGGUAAGGGGGAAAUACUAUAUAUACAAGUCUUCUAAUCAGCCACAACCCUUUUCUGUUGUACCCCAAUACCUGGAUCUAUUCCAAACCUCUUUUUUAGCCUCCACUCUCCGCUGAACCAUCUGAGGUAAGGGGUGCAUAUACAUAGUCUGAGGUUAGGAGUGUAUAAUAUAGUAUAUAAAGUAUAUAGUAUAUAAUAUAGUAUAAUAUAGUACAUAGUAUAAUAUAGUAUAGUAUAUAGUAUAUAAAGUAUACAGUGGGGAAAAAAAGUAUUUAGUCAGCCACCAAUUGUGCAAGUUCUCCCACUUAAAAAGAUGAGAGAGGCCUGUAAUUUUCAUCAUAGGUACACGUCAACUAUGACAGACAAAUUGAGAAAAAAAAAUCCUGAAAAUCACAUUGUAGGAUUUUCUAUUAAAUUAUUUCUAAUUUAUGGUGGAAAAUAAGUAUUUGGUCACCUACAAACAAGCAAGAUUUCUGGCUCUCACAGACCUGUAACUUCUUCUUUAAGAGGCUCCUCUGUCCUCCACUCAUUACCUGUAUUAAUGGCACCUGUUUGAACUUGUUAUCAGUAUAAAAGACACCUGUCCACAACCUCAAACAGUCACACUCCAAACUCCACUAUGGCCAAGACCAAAGAGCUGUCAAAGGACACCAGAAACUAAAUUGUAGACCUGCACCAGGCUGGGAAGACUGAAUCUGCAAUAGGUAAGCAGCUUGGUUUGAAGAAAUCAACUGUGGGAGCAAUUAUUAGGAAAUGGAAGACAUACAAGACCACUGAUAAUCUCCCUCGAUCUGGGGCUCCACGCAAGAUCUCACCCCGUGGGGUCAAAAUGAUCACAAGAACGGUGAGCAAAAAACCAAGAACCACACGGGGGGACCUAGUGAAUGACCUGCAGAGAGCUGGGACCAAAGUAACAAAGCCUACCAUCAGUAACACACUACGCCGCCAGGGACUCAAAUCCUGCAGUGCAAGACGUGUCCCCCUGCUUAAGCCAGUACAUGUCCAGGCCCGUCUGAAGUUUGCUAGAGUGCAUUUGGAUGAUCCAGAAGAGGACUGGGAGAAUGUCAUAUGGUCAGAUGAAACCAAAAUAGAACUUUUUGGUAAAAACUCAACUCAUCAUGUUUGGAGGACAAAGAAUGCUGAGUUGCAUCCAAAGAACACCAUACCUACUGUGAAGCAUGGGGGUGGAAACAUCAUGCUUUGGGGCUUGUUUUCUGCAAAGGGACCAGGACGACUGAUCCGUGUAAAGGAAAGAAUGAAUGGGGCCAUGUUUCGUGAGAUUUUGAGUGAAAACCUCCUUCCAUCAGCAAGGGCAUUGAAGAUGAAACGUGGCUGGGUCUUUCAGCAUGACAAUGAUCCCAAACACACCGCCCGGGCAACGAAGGAGUGGCUUCGUAAGAAGCAUUUCAAGGUCCUGGAGUGGCCUAGCCAGUCUCCAGAUCUCAACCCCAUAGAAAAUCUUUGGAGGGAGUUGAAAGUCCAUGUUGCCCAGCGACAGCCCCAAAACAUCACUGCUCUAGAGGAGAUCUGCAUGGAGGAAUGGGCCAAAAUACCAGUAACAGUGUGUGAAAACCUUGUGAAGACUUACAGAAAACGUUUGACCUGUGUCAUUGCCAACAAAGGGUAUAAAACAAAGUAUUGAGAAACUUUUGUUAUUGACCAAAUACUUAUUUUCCACCAUAAUUUGCAAAUAAAUUCAUAAAAAAUCCUACAAUGUGAUUUUCUGGAUUUUUUUUCUCAUUUUGCCUGUCAUAGUGACGUGAACCUAUGAUGAAAAUUACAGGCCUCUCUGGUCUUCUUAAGUGGGAGAACUUGCACAAUUGGUGGCUGACUAAAUACUUUUUUCCCCCACUGUAUAGUAUAUAGUCAUAUACUGUACAUAGUCUGAGGUAAGAGAUACAUACUGCAUAUGAGUCUGCUGGUGAUCAGCCCCAACCCUCUCCCAUUGUACCCCAAUACCUGGAUCGAUUCUGUCCAUUCCAAAUCCGUUUUAUACCCUGAACGUCCAAGGUAAAGGGUACAUAUACUGUAUAGUCUGAGGUAAGGGGUUAUAUAAUAUAUGUAUGAUGCUAAUCACUGACCUUUACUAGACCUGACCCUUUUCCAUUGUACCCCAAUACUUGGAGCCAUUCUGUCCAUUCUUUCAUUGAUUCUUCAUUUCUUUUAUCUUCUCCUAUCAAUAAUGGAUCCCUCAAUUCAUGUUCAUCUUGUUGUGGAGAUCGAUUAUUAUAGCAGUGCAUGCCAUUGAUAGGCCACUUGUUCAUUUCUCUCACAUUACAACAUAACAAGAAAUCUCCCCGUUUUUGUCCUUUGAGGCUUAAGCUAUUUGAAACCUACAGUGGUUAAUGUUUGUCUAGCAAAUGCUUUUAAAUGUUGUGUUGAAUGUUUCCUUUCAAGAUAUUGGAUGUGCUUGGAUGUCCUUCCCGUCCGUGUCCACUCCCUAAACCAGGUAACGUCUCCAUCAAUCCUAACCUUGUGGUGGUCUGUAUCUAUCUUGCUGUGUCCCGGCAGGGGCCCCUGUGGUGUUCAAGAAGGAGCUGCAGAGCCAGGAAGCAGUUGAGGGGGGAAGUGUCUCCCUGACCUGUGAGAUCAGUUCUGAGGGCAAGGUGACAUGGAGAAGGGGCUCCUUGCUCCUCACCCAGGGGGAGAAGUAUUCCAUGGAGCACACAGGUUCUACCUACAUCCUGAUGGUUCACAAGCUGAAGGUCGGGGAUGCUGGAGAGUACACCUGCGAUACCGGGGAUAAGCAGAGCACGGCCACCCUGACAGUCAAAGGUAAUGGAGCUCGUCUGUAUUCACAUCUGUCUCUGGUUUGCUGUGACCCUACAUUAUCCUCUGCUUUCAUUCAGUGUGCCGACGGACUAAGAACUUCCUUCUUAAUGUCCUUUUAGUUGGAUUUUGUUGUAGCCAGUAGCUACUACAAAUGUAUAGUAUUUGUAUUUAUUAUGGAUCCCCAUUAGCUGCUGCCAAUGCAUUAAGUGUGUGCCCUCAGGCCCCUACUCUACUACCACAUAUCUGCAACACAAAAUCCAUGUGUACUUGUGUGUAUGUUAUCGCGUGUGUGUAUGCAUGUGUCUGUGCCUGUGUUUGUGUCUCUUCACAGUCCCCGCUGUUCCAUAAGGUGUAUUUGUAUCUGUUUUUUUACAUCUGAUUCUACUGCUUGCAUCAGUUACUUGAUGUGGAAUAGAGUUCCAUGUAGUCAUGGCUCUAUAGUAACCAGCUUAUGAAGUAUAAUCUGUGAGUAAGCAUAGUUGUCUAGGUAACAAUACACAUUUAGUUGAUCAUGAAAUGUAGGUUUCAUAAUCAAUGUGUGUUUUUACGUUUGAACCUCAAUCUAUUUGCCGUAUUGGGGACUACUGCAUGUUGGUUUUGUUUUCAUAUUCAGACCUAUACAAAGCUAUUGUGUCAGAUAAUGUUUUGCAUAUACAUAUGUCUACCUUACCUUCCUACAUGUUAGCCAUUACGUAGGAACUGAAAGUGUGUUUUGUGUAAUAUUGUACUCUUUAAAUGAGAAGUCCUAAACAUUGAGUUGACAGAAAUAGGUGUCUCCUGGAGUGCAAAUGUCAAUCCUCUUUAGAACUCACUUUUAAAUCGGGAUACCAAUGGUGGUGCUCUAUUGCUGAGUGUUUCACCUUAAUGAAUCCCCUGGGAAACCCUGACCCUGGGAACCUUUGCAUUUCUCACUCCCCCAUCGUCACAUUCAUUCACCUCCAGAGUCUGUACGCAUCACUCGGGAGCUGCACGACAUCACAGUGACCACCGGGCAGGAUGCUGUCUUUGCGUGUGAGUUGUCCCAGGAGGGCGUGACCAACGGAGAGUGGUGGCUAGGGGAUAACCUCCUCCAGAACAAUGACCUGAACCAGAUGACCUGCCAGGGCCGGGUGCACCGGCUGACACUACAGAUGGUCACCACUGACGAGUCAGGGGACGUGGCGUUUGUGGUGGGCGAAGAGAAGACCGUCGCCUGCCUGCUGGUGGAAGAGAAGCCCAAAGGUAAUGGAGAUGUUAACGGAGACGUUAAAGAUGGCCAUCUAGUCCUCACCCCUCUCCAUCUCUAUCUUCCAUCAAACAGCAUUGGAACACCCUCUGUUCAUCUGCUGUGCACCAUCAUCCAUUCCAUCCUAACCUUUCUUUAGACGUGUGUUGGCCAUCCUCCUGGCUUUUUUUUUAUAGCAUCUUUGUCUUUAAAGAUACUAUAAAAUUAAGUUGACAACAAGAUGGUUGUCACUGAUAUAAACAUAUCACUUUGCUAACUUCAGUAUCAAUUUGAAUAUCAAUUGAGUGAUGCACACCUAAUGGACGUAGUCUUUAUGGUUAUCAUUGGUGGAAUUGUAGACCUGUGGAAAAAGAGCCACUUUAAACACUGCCCAUAGAAAUACCAUACAAGUUUGACAUAUGCUGUGCAUGACACCUGACACUCAAAGUGCAUUACACUGUAUGUACUUAGUUUGGGAUUUCCCAUAUCUACAGUCUUAAUCCUAGAGAAGCCUCAUGACACAGUGGCCCUGGAGGGUGAGACAGUCACCCUGUCCUGCACUGUCUCCGACCCCACGGCCCCUGUCACCUGGAGCAGGAAUGAUGUGGCCAUCAAAGCAGGCCUCAAGUACGACCUGCGGAAGAAUGAAACUCUCCUACAGCUCCGUAUCCACAACCUGGAGAUGGAGGACUCUGGAAUUUACUGCUGCGAUACCGGAGAUGCACAGUGCACCGUCACAUUGACUGUGGAAGGUAAAGAAUGAUGCUGCCACUUGAAAAGUUCAGACCCUCUACACUGCGUCUAAUGGGUACUAGAAAAUAGUCUACAACCCAACCUAAAAUUGAAGGCUGUGGAUCAAGAUAAAGUCAGGAUGUUCCCCCACAACACUGUUCUUAACUCGCUUGCCCUCUUCAAACUAUCAUGCACCCUUCCUUCAACAUACACCAACAGAAACAUCGUACGCCCCUGUCCACCUUGCCACUGUCGUCUACACAACUUCUGUUGUCCGACACUGAUGUCAUGUCAUGUCUCCUACUUCCACCAGGUGCCCCGGCAUUCUUCCAGAAGGAGCUGAAGAACAAGGAAGCUCAGGAAGGCGAUGAUAUCACUCUGCGCUGUGAGCUCUCCAAGGCCGGCGCUCACGUGGAGUGGAGGAAGGGAGGCGUGGUCCUCCAGGCUGGUAAGAAGUAUGCGAUGAGGCAGGAGGGCUGCGUUCAGGAGCUCCGCAUUCGCAACCUGGAGCCAGAGGACAAUGGCUACUACACCUGCGACGCUGGAGACCAGCUCACCACGGCGUCGGUGGCAGUGCAAGGUAUCAUGUCACAACUACACCAUCUGUCUCUGAAAGGGUUAAUUUCUGUAUAGUUUCUUCAUUUCUCUAGGAUCAAGGAAUGAAUUCCUAAUGGUUUUUGAUAGCCUUUGUGGUUUCAACAAGUGUUUUUUCAGCAAGUUAAAGAUGAUCAGUUGUAGGAUGUAAUUGUAAAUUGAAAAUAUUUAAGAUGUAUUUGUUUACAUAGGCAGUUUCCAGUCUUGAUUGAAAACAGAUGGUUAACAUUUUGUUGAACAAAAUGUAUAUUGUAUCAUGGAACGUGUAGGGAAUAAUAACCCAAGGAAGUGAGCAAGGAUGCUUGCCCUCUUAAAGUCAAAGUUUAAAUGAGGAAUGAGACAGGUCAAGGUCGAAGUAAUCUUUAUUAUCCCAUAGGCUGGCAUUGUGAGAGUUUGGGGUGAGUUGUGUGACUGUGAGUGGCAGUAGCUGAGUGUCUGACUGUAUCUCCACUACUCUACAGAGGCAGAAGUCCUCAUAGUGUGUGGUCUAAAGAGCACCGAUGUCUUUUUGGGCGAGUGGGCCACCUUCUCCUGCCAGCUGUCCCGCGGCGUGAGGCCCGAGAAGGUGCAGUGGUGGCUGGACGGGACCCUUCUCCAGGACAGCCCCUCAAGCGAGAUAGGGCUGAGCCAGGGCCACGUCCACACCCUCACCCUAAAGGACCUGGCCCCGGACGCCUCGGGCACCGUGACGUUCAAAGCCUGCAGCCUGGUGUCCUACGCCAAGCUCUUAGUUAAAGGUAUCAGGGAGGAGGAACUAGAGGGAUUGAGAGGAGGAGGAGGAAAGGGACUAAAGAUCCAGCUCUGUUCUCGAGAUCUUGCAGCAUCAAUGCUCAUAAUACUCAACAUACAAAUGUGUGAUUAGAUAUAAUAUUCAAUUAUGACCACCAGAGCAUUUUCACCACAUUGGGAGUAGACUCUACUAUUUUCACACUUUCUGUCCAAGGCUAAUGUUAAUCUUGAUAGUAUUAUGCCAGUGUCCUCAAAGAGUUCAAAGCUCCCUGACUCAGUAGUGGGAAUGACUAGAUAAGUAGCUAUGGUUUUUUUGUGCCUCAUCCAUGCAUUCUUCCAUGCAUGAGCAUACAUUUGAGUCAUUUCACUAAUAGAGUUAGAAUGAGCAAAACAAACAGGAUGGUGCAGCACUAUAGGAUGUUUCCACCAGUUUCUUAGUGAUAUGCAGCAAGUGCUAUGUUAUCCGAUGAGGAUUCACACCCAUAGUUCCAUUGUGUAUCUAUACUUUUAACUAAUAAUGGCAAAUGGUACCUAACAGUUGUGGUUUACAGAAUAUCUAAUUGGAAUAGAGUAGAACUGGUGGACAUAUUUUGAUAAUUAAAGGUGCAAUAUGCAGAAAUCGCGCCGCCAUUUCCUGGUUGCAAAAAUUUGAAUAGUUCGCCUAAUUUCAGUUUGUGUGUAGAGAAUCAUUGUACCAUCUAAAGCGCUUUGAAAUAUAUUUUCAAUAACCAAAGAUAUUGUGUUUGGAGCUAGUGUACAAAACCGAAAGUAAAAGAUGCAAAAAUGAAACUUAAGAACUGGAAGCAUAGAAAUAGCGCACAUAGAACAGAUCUACCACUUCUUAGACUUGCUUUCAAUGAGAAUGACAGAUCUAUAACUCACAUUUAUAUGGGAAUUUGCUCGGGUCACCCAAAAAGUUACAUAUUGCAGCUUUAAGUAUAGUUCUAGGAAUCAUCCACUCUAAUCUUGUUCAACAAUUAUAGAAAUCAUAUCUGCCUACUGUAGUACACUGCUCAAAAAAAUAAAGGGAACACUAAAAUAACACAUCCUAGAUCUGAAUGAAUGAAAUAAUCUUCUUAAAUACUUUUUUCUUUACAUAGUUGAAUGUGCUGACAACAAAAUCACACAAAAAUUAUCAAUGGAAAUCAAAUUUAUCAAACCAUGGAGGUCUGGAUUUGGAGUCACACUCAAAAUUAAAGUGGAAAACCACACUACAGGCUGAUCCAACUUUGAUGUAAUGUCCUUAAAACAAGUAAAAAUGAGGCUCAGUAGUGUGUGUGGCCUCCACGUGCCUGUAUGACCUCCCUACAACGCCUGGGCAUGCUCCUGAUGAGGUGGCGGAUGGUCUCCUGAGGGAUCUCCUCCCAGACCUGGACUAAAGCAUCCGACAACUCCUGGACAGUCUGUGGUGCAACGUGGCGUUGGUGGAUGGAGCGAGACAUGAUGUCCCAGAUGUGCUCAAUUGGAUUCAGGUCUGGGGAACAGGCAGGCCAGUCCAUAGCAUCAAUGCCUUCCUCUUGCAGGAACUGCUGACACACUCCAGCCACAUGAGGUCUAGCAUUGUCUUGCAUUAGGAGGAACCCAGGGCCAACCGCACCAGCAUAUGGUCUCACAAAGGGUCUGAGGAUCUCAUCUCGGUACCUAAUGGCAGUCAGGCUACCUCUGGCGAGCACAUGGAGGGCUGUGCGGCCCCCCAAAGAAAUGCCACCCCACACCAUGACUGACCCACCGCCAAACCGGUCAUGCUGGAGGAUGUUGCAGGCAGCAGAACGUUCUCCACGGCGUCUCCAGACUCUUGUCACGUCUGUCACAUGUGCUCAGUGUGAACCUGCUUUCAUCUGUGAAGAGCACAGGGCGCCAGUGGCGAAUUUGCCAAUCUUGGUGUUCUCUGGCAAAUGCCAAACGUCCUGCACGGUGUUGGGCUGUAAGCACAACCCCCACCUGUGGAUGUCGGGCCCUCAUACCACCCUCAUGGAGUCUGUUUCUGACCGUUUGAGCAGACACAUGCACAUUUGUGGCCUGCUGGAGGUCAUUUUGCAGGGCUCUGGCAGUGCUCCUCCUGCUCCUCCUUGCACAAAGGCGGAGGUAGCGGUCCUGCUGCUGGGUUGUUGCCCUCCUACGGCCUCCUCCACGUCUCCUGAUGUACUGGCCUGUCUCCUGGUAGCGCCUCCAUGCUCUGGACACUACGCUGACAGACACAGCAAACCUUCCUGCCACAGCUCGCAUUAAUGUGCCAUCCUGGAUGAGCUGCACUACCUGAGCCACUUGUGUGGGUUGUAGACUCCGUCUCAUGCUACCACUAGAGUGAAAGCACCGCCAGCAUUCAAAAGUGACCAAAACAUCAGCCAGGAAGCAUAGGAACUGAGAAGUGGUCUGUGGUCACCACCUGCAGAACCACUCCUUUAUUGGGGGUGUCUUGCUAAUUGCCUAUAAUUUCCACCUGUUGUCUAUUCCAUUUGCACAACAGCAUGUGAAAUUUAUUGUCAAUCAGUGUUGCUUCCUAAGUGGACAGUUUGAUUUCACUGAAGUGUGAUUGACUUGGAGUUACAUUGUGUUGUUUAAGUUUUUACAUUUACAUUUUUAGUCAUUUAGCAGACGCUCUUAUCCAGAGCGACUUACAGUUUUAUAUUUUUCAUACUGGCCCCCCUUGGGAAUCGAACCCACAACCCUGGCGUUGCAAACGCCAUGCUCUACCAACUGAGCUACAUCCCUGCCGGCCAUUCCCUCCCCUACCCUGGACGACGCUGGGCCAAUUGUGCGCCGCCCCAUGGGUCUCCCGGUCACGGCCGGCUACGACAGAGCCUGGAUUCGAACCAGGAUCUCUAGUGGCACAGCUAGCACUGCGAUGCAGUGCCUUUGACCACUGCGCCACUCGGGAGUGUUCCCUUUAUUUUUUGAGCAGUGUAUAUUCACAUUGAAAUAGAUUACAUAUUAUGUCAUCUAUUUUGUGGCAGUAUGUGUGAUGUAUGAUUGCUGAUAAUAAGUGAUGUGUGCACACAGGUAGUAAUUCAAAAAUAAAGUGUGCAUUGUGUAUUUUCUGAACAAGGUUUUGAUGUAGUUCUAUGGGUACAGUGGGACAGAUUUGACCUGUAAACAAACUUUGCUGUUGUUGUAUGUCAACCUAUAGAAUCAGCAGUAGCUGGAAAUUGCAGUGCAGGGCAGUGCUGCUCCACCCAUCCACCCUGGCCGGCCACUUUCCCUUAUUAACUCUCACUCUCCGCCUCACCUCCUCCCUGCACUGCACCGCCCCUAGCCUGCAAGCACUAAAACUCUCUAACCCUUCCUACCUCUGCCCUGUCAGUCUGGCGUCUCUAUCCACCCACUGGCAUAUCUCCCCUAACUCAUUGGUUGGUUAGUGGGCAGUAGUUGUGUCCAUCUCCCCCUGCCUCUUGAGACGGUUGGGCUUUUCACUCCCCCUUCAGUUUGGAGUAACAAGAACAUCUAUCACAUAUAAGUAGAAAUUCACAUACUGUAUGUAAGUGCAUAUUUGGCCACAGAGUGCUGCAUCCAUGUACUGUUGAUCAAGGCACCUCUAAGGGCUUGCCACAGCAGCACACAAUGCAUACUAAAAUACUAAGCCACCUCUGAUACCACCAGUAAUUUAAAACAUUUAUAAUAUUUCCCCCUUGGGCAUCAAUAAAGUUAACUCAAUUCAAAGUAAUAUACAUAAAAAUACUCCAAGGUGUACUGGGGUGUUUAUAAAGCCCAGGUAUUGUUCUUCGGCAUGUCGAGAGAGUGUAUGUCAGUCAUGAUGACCUUGUCAUAUGACCCCUGCCCCCACUCUCAGACCCCACAGUAGAGGUGGUGAGCGAAAUGCAGGACCUGCGGGUGGCUGAGGACCAGCCGGCUGAGUUCAUCUGCCAGUACUCCCGGCCGGUCCAGGCCCAGUGGAAGAGAGACGGUCGGCCAUUGCAGCCUGAUGGCCGGAGGGUGGUAGUUGAGCAGGACUGGACCGUGGCUCGCUUGUACAUUAGCCACGUGUCCACUGAGGACAGGGGGACAUACUCCUGUGAGGCAGAGGGGACCUGCGUGGUUGCCUUACUGGAGGUGGAAGGUGAGCUUCUCUCCGUUUGGAAAGAGCACCUUGCUACUCUACCCUUCCCCCGAACGUGUUCAAAUAUUCAUUGUUGUUUUCAAUUAUGAUGAGCAGAUAGCGAUUUCAAGUAGGUAAUUUUUUAAUUCAUGCCAUCUUUCCUCUCUUUAGCAAUCGAUCAAUAAAUCAAUCCAGCCAAGCAAGGCUAAAUAAAAAAUGUACAUGACUUCUAAACCAUGAGACCUGAUCAGGAAAAACUCUGGGCCCUCGUUAUAGUGAUCAAAUAGGGCCCGUUGUUUCUCGUGGUCAGGUGACAUGCUCAGGAAAAACUCCUGGCCCUAGUGUGAAAAUGGGUAUCAGAAAGUCCAAAACAAAGCAUUCACCAAAGACUGUAUUGACGGCCCUGGCAGGUCAUUUCAUGCAUUGUGUGUGUGUGUCCAGCAGUUUUAGCAGGUUUUCAUUAUGAGGCUAGGUUCAGCUUGAAUAGCAGCAAGUGUCAAGCAAUAAAAAAUCCACUUGACCUACAGGCCACCGUGAACCUGAAAUCCCCACAACAGCUUGUCUUAUGACACAUUCUCCCCUCUCAGUCAAAGCUAUUUUCUUACAGUAAACCGCCCUCUCCCUGCUCCCCUCUCCUCCCGUACAGCCAAACCCAUUGAAAUCCUACAAGGCCUGGAGAACAUGGACACCAUCGACGGCGGAGAGGCCCUGUUCGAGUGCUCUAUCUCUCGUUGCGAGAUCAAAGACUGCCGCUGGCUGAUCAACGGCAAGCCGGUGAAGGAAUCGCCCACCACGGAGAUCGUGUCCUUCGAAAGUGGACGUCGCCACCUCCUGCUGCUCAAGGAUCUGCACGUCGGAGACGGCUGCAAGGUGACCUUCCAAGCCGGCACCGCAACAACCUCCGCCAUGCUCAAUGUCAAAGGUGUGUCACCACAAUUAAUGUCCCAAUUACAGUAUGUUUGUUUGUUAGUUCCUGUUUCUGAAAACAUAAGUGUUAGGCCUGGUCUAUCGGUGAAAUAUAACAUACUACAGAUGAAAAUCUGGAAAUCUGCCUGCAAUUGCUAUAGGAAACGAGACAAGCAUUCGUUUCUGUAUCUGUAACAAGUAUUGUGAGUCUUGAGUUUGUUAGGCAUUUUAUGAAAAUGUAUGCACUCACUAACUGUAAGUCGCUCUGGAUUUAGCAUCUGCUAAAUGACAAAAAAAUAACUUAAUGUUGUGUGCGUAGGCUGGCAGCUGGAUGUGGUGAGCGGCCUGGAGGAUAAGGUAGCUGUGGUGGGAGAGACGGUAGAGUUCAGCUGCAUGCUGACUGAGCCUGUGCCUGAGGCGGAGGUAGCCUGGUACUCUAACGGAGCAGAGCUAAAGGCUGAUGACACCUGGGCCAUGCGGGCUGACGGCUGCUCCUACCACCUGGUGCUUAGACAGGUCCCAGCCAUGCCACCACAGGAGAUCACCUUCGCUGCCAGGGACGCCAUCUCCAUGGCCAAGCUCACCAUCAUCAGUAAGUGUCUGAACAGCCAUUUUGGAAUCAAUAACAGAAGCUUUCUCCAGGGAAGUGAUCCUAAAUUCUGUUAGAUCCAUUCUCCUCUCUUUCACCUAUUCUCCGGUGUUGCGGUCUAUAUUCAGAACCACAUUCCUGUAAAGCUUAGAGAUGAAAUAGCUUAUUCCAGUUACUAAUAAGCAUGCACCCAUUAAGAGAAUGAGUGUAAAAACUGCUAAGUCCCUGUGGAUUGAUGAGGAAUUGAAAAAUGGUAUGGUUGAGAGGGAUGAGGCUAAAUGUAUGGCAAAUAAGUCUGGCAGCACAACCGAUUGGCAAACGUACUGCAAAUUGAGAAAUCAUGUGACUAAACUGAAUAAUAAUAAUAAUAAUAAUAAGAAACUAUACUAUGAAACAAAGAUAAAUAAUAUAAAGAAUGAUAGUAAAAAGCUUUGGAGCACCUUAAAUGACAUUUUGGGAAAAAAGGCACUGUCGGCUCCAUCAUUCAUUUAAUCAGAUGGCUCAUUCAUCACAAAACCCACAGAUAUUGCUAACUACUUUAAUUAUUUUUUCAUUGGCAAGAUUGGCACACUUAGGCAUGACAUGCCAGCAACAAACGCUGACACUACACAUCUAAGUAUAUCUUACCAAAUUAUGAAAGACAAGCAUUGUAAUUUAGAAUUCCGUACAGUGAGUGUGGAAUAGGUGAAAAUAAUAUUGAUGUCUAUCAGCAAUGACAAGCCACCGGGGUCUGACAACUUGGAUGGAAUAUUACUGAGGAAAAUAGCGGAUGAUAUUGCCACUCCUAUUUGCCAUAUCUUUCAUUUAAGCCAACUAGAAAGUGUGUGCCCUCAGGCCUGGAGGGAAGCAAAAGUCAUUCCGCUACCUAAGAAUAGUAAAGCCCCAUUUACUGGCUCAAAUAGCCGACCAAUCAGCCUGUUACGAACCCUUAUUAAACUUUUGAAAAAAUGGUGUUUGACCAGAUAAAAUGCUAUUUUAUGUAAACAAAUUGACAACAGACUUUCAGCACACUUAUAGGGAAGGACACCACUAACACAAAUGACUGUAUGGCUGAGAUAAAUUGAUCAUAAAAAGAUGGGGGGGGGGGGGGCUUCAGUGCGGUUUUUGACAUCAUCUAUCAUAGCUUGCUGCUGGCAAAAUAUAUGUGUUAUGGCUUUACACCCCCUGCUAUAUUUUAAUGGAAGCCUCUCCAACAUAAGCCAUUGUGUCUAUUUAUGCGGAUGACUCAACACUAUACACGUCAGCUACUACAGUGACUGAAAUGACUGCAACACUUACAGUGCCUUCGGAAAGUAUUCAGACCGCUUAACUUUUCCCACAUUUUGUUACGUUACAGCCUUAUUCUAAAAUGGAUACAAAUAAAUAACAAAUCCUCAGCAAUCUACACACAAUACCCUAUAAUGCAAAAAAAAUACAAAACAGAAAUACCUUAUUUACAUAAGUAUUCAGACCCUUUGCUAUGAGACUCUAAAUUGAGCUCAGGUGCAUCCUGUUUCCAUUGAUCAUCCUUGAGAUGUUUGUACAACUUGAUUAAAGUCCACCUGUGGUAAAUUCAAUUGAUUGGACAUGAUUUGGAAAGGCAUACACACCUGUCUAUAUAAGGUCCCACAGUUGACAGUGCAUGUCAGAACAAAAACCAAGCCAUGAGGUCGACGGAAUUGUCCGAGACAAGAUUAAGCUCCGAGACAGGAUUGUGUCUGGGGAAGGGUAACAAAACAUUUCUGCAGUAUUGAAGGUCUCAAGAACACAGUGGCCUCCAUCAUUCUUAAAUAGAAGAAGUUUGGAAGCACCAAGGACUCUUCCUAGAGCUGGCCGUCCAGCCAAACUGAGCAAUCGGGGAAGAAGGUCCUUGGUCAGGAAGGUGACCAAGAACCUGAUGGUCACUCUGACAGAGCUCUAGAGUUCCUCUGUGGAGAUGGGAGAACCUUUCAGAAGGACAACCGUCUCUGCAGCACUCCCCCAAUCAGGCCUUUAUGGUAGAGUGGCCAGACGGAAGCCACUCCUCAGUAAAAGGCACAUGACUGCCCGCUUGGAGUUUGCCAAAAGGCACCUAAAGGACUCUCAGACCAUGAGAAACAUUGAACUCUUUGGCCUGAAUGCCAAGCGUCACGUCUACGGUGAAGUAUGGUGGUGGCAGCAUCAUGCUGUGGGGAUGUUUUUCAGCGGCAGGGACUGGGAGACUAGUCAGGCAAAGAUGAACGGAGCAAAGUACAGAGAGAUCCUUGAUGAAAACCUGCUCCAGAGCACUCCGGACCUCAGACUGUGGCGAAGGUUCACCUUCGAACAGGACAACGACCCUAAGCACACAGGAGUGGCUUCGGGACAAGUCUCUGAAUUGUCUUGAGUGGCCCAGCCAGAGCCUGGACUUGAACCCGAUCGAACAUCUCUGGAGAGACCUGAAAAUAGCUGUGCAGCAACGCUCCCCAUCCAACCUGACAGAGCUUGAGAGGAUCUACAGAGAAGAAUGGGAGAAACUCCCCAAAUACAGGUGUGACAAGCUUGUAGCGUCAUACCCAAGAAGACUCAAUGCUGUAAUCGCUGGCAAAGGUGCUUCAACAAAGUACUGAGUAAAGGGUCUGAAUACUUUUGUAAAUGUGAUAUUUCUGUUUUUUAUUUUUAAUAAAUUAGCAAUAAUUUCCAAAAACCUGUUUUUGCUUUGUCAUUUGGGGUAUUGUGUGUAGAUUUAUGAGGGGGAAAAAACAAUUUAAUCAAUUUUAGAAUAAGGCUGUAACGUAACAAAAUGUGGAAAAAGUCUGAAUACUUUCCGAAGGCACUUUAACAAAGAGCUGCAGUUAGUUUCAGAAUGGGUGGCAAGGAAUAAGUUAGUCCUAAAUAUUUCAAAAAACUAAAGGCAUUGUAUUUGGGACAAAUCAUUCACUUAAACCUCAACUAAAUCUUGUAAUGAAUAAUAUGGAAAUUGAGCAAGUUGAGGUGACUAAACUGCUUGGAGUAACCCUGGAUUGUAAUGUGUCAUGGUCAAAACAUGUUGAUACAACAUUAGCUAAAAUGGGGAGAAGCCGCACCUGGACAGCUGUUCAGUCGUCUGGUCAGGUGCCACAAAGAGGGACUUAUGAAAAUUACAAUUGGCUCAGAACAGGGCAGCACGGCUGGCCCUUGGAUGUACACAGGGAGAUAACAAUAAUGAUAUGAAUGUCAAUCUCUCAUGACUCAAAGUGGAGGAGAGAUUGACUUCAUCACUACUUGUUUUUGUAAGAAAUGUUGACAAGCUGAAUGCACCGAGGUGUCUGUCUGUGUACUAGCACACAGCUUGGAGAACCAUGCAUACCCCACAAGACAUGUCACCAGAGGUCUCUUCACAAUCCCCAAGUUCAGAACAGACUAUAGGAGGCACACAGUACUACAUAGAGCCAUGACUACAUGGAACUAUAUUCCACAUCAGGAAACUGAUGGAAGCAGUAGAAUCAGAUUUUUUUUUAACUGAUAAAAAUACACCUUAUGGAAAAGCGGGAACUGUGAAGAGACACAAUACAGGUACUGACACAUGCAUAUGCACACAAACGCUAGCACUCUACACACACAUACUGUACAUUGAAAUAAAGUUGCAUGGUGGUAUUAUACAUUUUGUAUUGUAGAUAUGUAGUGGUGUAAUGUUAUAUGAUGUACUGUUUUAUCCUUUGUCUUAUGUGUAAUGUAAGUGCCUUAAUGUGUUUGGACCCCAGGAAGAGUAGCUGCUGCCUUGGCAGGAAGUAAUGUGGAUCCUUAAUAAACCCCAGGAAGAGUAGCUGCUGCCUUGGCAGGAAGUAAAUGGGAUCCUUAAUAAACCCCAGGAAGAGUUCAUGGGGAUCCCUAAUAAAUACAAAUUCCUCUUUCUUCAAAACCACCACUGACCCACCCUCCCUCUCCCUUUAUAGCCGUUCCUGACCCCCCGGAGGACCCAGAGCUGGUCAGUAAGAGUAAGCAGGCGGUGACCCUGUCUUGGUUCACACCCCUCAGCGAUGGAGGCAGCCCUAUUCUGGGCUACAGGGUGGAGAUGAGGCUGGCGGACAGUGCCCUCUGGCUGCCGUGCCAUGCAGAGCCUGUGUGUAACACAGAGUUCUCUGCGGAUAACCUCAUCCCAGGGAGCGGCUACAGGUUCAGGGUGGCAGCCAUCAACAGAGCUGGGACUGGAGAACCUGUCCAGCUUCCUCAGAGCAUUCACCUGGGUGAGUUGGCUAUAUGAUGUGCUCAAACCUGAGCCAAACAUAGAUAUGUCUAUGUGGCUCUGUCUCAAGCCCAGCAUGUUGAACAACCUAAUUAUAACCUAGACCUUGAUCAUUUAUGUGUUAUUUACACCAUUUAACUCCUAGGAGAGUCGAAUACAUUUCCCAUUGGCAUGAAUUUUAUCUGUAGUGUCCCAUCUACUGGAAAAAUAUAAUCAAUCAAUCAACAACCAAUCAAUCAACAACCAAUCAAUCAUUUUGUUCCUUAGAGGCUCCAGUGACAGUGACCCAGCAGUUGGCCUGUCCAGACGUGCAGGAGGGUAAGAUGGCCCGUGUGGAGUGCCAGCUCUCUGCUGAGGGCAGCUCGGUCACCUGGCUCAAAGACAACAAGGAGCUGGAGUUUGGGGUCAAGUACCAGGUCACCACAGAGGGCAAGACACAAGUGCUGCUGAUCAAAGACUUUGAGUCUGCUGACCAGGGCGUGUACACCUGUGUGGCCUCAGACGAGGCAGAAAGCUCCAUUAAUCUCAACCUACCAACAGGUACACACUCCCAAACAAACCAGAAUAUUAUACCAUGUAACUUUUAUUUUGCUUUUCCAUUCGCUCACAUUGAUUUAUUAUGAAAACUCUUGUAAGCCAUUCUCCUCAAGCCAAACUGGAAGCUUGGUGGAGAUGUGUUUGUUAUCUGAGGGUAAGUUAAGGUAAGUUGAUCAGCUAGUAAUGGUGUGAGGUGAGCUCAUUCCUCCAAAGUAUACAUGAACACACUACUCCUAUCAGAAAAUAAUCUAGUGCCACGUGUAUUUACCACUACAUGAUCAACAGAGUUCUUAUAGAUGUAGUGUGUGUGUUGGAGCUGCUAUACUAUAGAGGUGUCAGUUUGCUGCAUAUAACAUUCCAUUGUGGCCUGGUUGUAGGUGGAGAUGGGGUUAAGUUGGAGGAGGGGGCCCAGCCCAGCCUGCCUCCUGAGGCUGCCUCAGAGGGUGACGUCCAUGCGCUAUGGGAGGACCUGGCCAAGAAACGCCGUAUGAGCCGAGAGCCCACCCUCGACUCCAUCUCUGAGCUGCCUGAUGAGGAGGACAAGGAGCCCAAGACACCCAAGGGGCCAGUCAAGGAGAAAAAAGCCCCGGAGAAGGUGGAGGUGAAAGCACCAGAGAAAGUGUUGGAGGUGAAAGCACCAGAGAAACAGAAGGUGUUGGAGCCAAACCUGUACACCAGCUCUGAGGACGAGUCCAGGCCUCCAACGCUGGUGUCCUACCUGAAGAAGAGCAGCAAGUCCUCCCUCUCUGUGUCCGACCAGACAGAGUCCAUCUCCACUGAGAAGUUCUAUGCACAGUUCAAGUUGAAAGAGCAGACCACAGUCCAACAGACCUCAGUCCAACAGACCUCAUCUUCCGUACAGCAGAUCACAGCACAGACCACAGACAUCACGGAGAUCGGUUAUGAGGAGGACGAAGAAAAGGGGCUGCUGGAUGCUGCUGUCAAGAUCCAGGCUGCCUUCAAGGGCUACAAGGCCCGCAAGGACAUGCGUCCAGUCUUCAAGGACGUCUUCAAGGACCAGACCAAGGAACCCAAUGGCACAAUCCACCUGGAGUGUGUGGCGGAGGGCAAGCCAGACAAGGUGCGCUGGCUGAAGGAUGGCGAGCACCUGGCGGACGGCAAGCACCACCACAUCGACAUUUACAACGACGGCACCUGCUCUCUGGUCAUCACCGCCGUCACCACCAAGGACACGGGCGUCUACACCUGUGAGGUCACCAACAAGUUUGGGGUGACCACCCACAGUGGCAAAGUGACGGUGGGCUCGGCCCGGGAGGCAUCUGGAAGGAGGCCACUGACCAUGGGCUACAGUGCCGACAGCGAGGCGGAGAGCUCGUCGGCAGAAAGCGAGAUGGACGAGUCUCUGAGGCAGGCCAGCAAACGGCUGCGCCACCUCCUCCGCCACCGCCUGCCGGCCACGUCGGAGGAGGAGUCGUUCGUCAGCUGUGAUGAUGAGGGUGAGCUGCAGGCGCCCGACCCUAAAUCGUACCGCGAGGACGAGCGCUACAUCUACAUCCGCUUCGACACACGGUCUGAGGCCCAGGUGGCAUCUCAGCGCUUCAAGGAGAUGUUCACGGCCCAUGGGGUCCCUGUGGAGACCACCAUCCAGGAGGCUGGACCUCUCAAAGUGGAGCUGCGCAUCAUGAAGAUGGGAUACACCCAAGAUGGUUCUGCAACACCCACACAGGAGAAGCAGCUGCCUGCGUUCAUGACAGGAGCCCCCGGUAUGAAAACCAGAGAGUACAUUUCUCUGUACAUCUUGUAUAAGCUGCAAUUAUGUUUUAUGUUGAGAGUAUACCAUAGAAUUAAAUAGUAAUUUAAUGUAUCUCUAUGGGUAGUAGUAGUAAGAAUUUAUUGUUGUGCCUAACUGAUUGUCCCCGUCCCUGUCUCUCCCCCAGCGGCCCCAGUCUUCCUGACUGAACUCCAGAGCCAGGACGUGCCUGACGGUUACCCAGUCAGCUUCGACUGCGUGGUGAUUGGGAAGCCUCCACCCAGUGUGCGUUGGUUCAAGGAUGGUAAGCUGCUGGACGAGAACGACCACUACAUGAUCAACGAGGACCAGGAGGGCUGCCACCAGCUCAUCAUCACCACCGUGCUGCCCUCUGACAUGGGCGUCUACCGCUGUAUGGCCGAGAACACCAGCGGCAUCGCUGCCACCAAGGCUGAGCUCAGGGUCGACAGUGAGUACAGAACAUAUAAGAUUGAUUGGUUGGUUAUUUUGUUGGUUAUGUUUUUGUUGGUUAUUUGGGUUAUUUUGUUUGUUAUUUUGUUGGUUAUGUUGUUUUUGUUGGUUAUUUUGUUGUUUAUUUCGUUGAUUAUUUGGUUGGUUGGUUGGUUGGUUGACUGUAUGCAGAGUAUAUCCUCAUCAAUGUUAUUUUGAGAGUAAUUGUGUAAUACAUCUCUCUUUCUUCAGUGUCUUGCAGCUCAGACUACGAUACUGCAGCUGAUGCCACUGAGACCGGCUCCUACAUCAGUGCUAAGGGCUACAUGUCUAGGUGAGUGAAACAACCCAGAGUUUACAAGCCCUUUGACUUUGAAUGCAACCUUCUUUACAAUGGAAUCCUGAUUCCUAAUAGUACCUAAAACGUUUCUCUGGUCGUGUUACUUCUUUACUGACAGCUUUACUCUCUGCCUAUCCUCUCCCCUCAGGGAAACGGAAGCCUUUGAGUCUGUGGUAGAGGAUGAGCAGAUGCCACAAGUACUGGAAGAGCUCCAUGACGUGCACGUCACCCCAGGCUCACCCAUUGCUAAGAUGCAGCUGAAAGUCAAAGGUUGGUCUGUGGGUUACUCUCCACCACCUCUUCAUUAGUCACACCAAAACCCUGCUAGACUACGUUGUCUCUGUACACGUACUUCAGAGGUCGAUAACUUAAAUAGAGAGGAAUUAACUAGAGCCAUGUGUACCUAGACCUGGUAGUGCCCCUAGAGCAGCUAAUAAAGCAAAGUAAACACUAUGGGUAGUAGUAGUAGAAACGUUUUAGGCACUACUGCCCGCAGGUUCAGGUAAGUCGGAGGCAAUUGAUUAUUUCUGCCCGCAGGGUCAAUAACUAAGUGAGUUGCUUACUCUUUGUUGAUAUUUCCCAGGGUUCCCCAGUCCAAGGGUGUACUGGUUCAAGGACGGCCACCCGCUGCGUUCCUCAGACAGGAUCCUGCUGCUGGACAAGAGAGACAUCCACAGCCUGGAAGUCCUGGAGGUGAAGAGGGAGGACACAGGAGAGUACUCUGCCUACAUUAGCAACGCUGCUGGAUCAGCAUACUCCUCUGCUAGGCUGCUGGUUCUGGGUAGGUCUACUCAUGACUGAAAGGUUUAUAUUGAGAGGGAUUCCUGUCUUUUACUUAGGAUAAUGGAUUUAGUCUACACUGCGAUAUGUGUGUUAUUGAAUACACAACAUAACAUUCUUGUAUUUACUGAAGAAUUUAUGGUUACCCUCUCAACAGGUCUAGGAGAGCUCACGCCUGUAGAGAAGCACGGUAAUUAAUUAUGAUUUUAUAAUAUUCAUUGAUUAAUUAAUGUAUUCAUUCAUUCAUUACUGCUUGCGCUGUUGCCUAUAGCAUGUCACACUGUUCUGAAUUGUGAGCUAUGUGAUGAUGACGCUUUUCUACACCCAUGUUUUACUUCCUAGAUCCCAAGGUGCCUCUGGUGCCGCCCCGCUUCCUGGAGAGGUUCAGCAACAGGAAGGUGAAACAGGGAGCCAGUGUCACCAUGUCUGUCAGAGUGGAAGGUAUCUAUCAACAACUCUGUACACAACACUGUACACUGAAUAUAUAAUGAUGGUAUAUUUAAGCAGUAAGGCCCGUGGGGGUGUGGUACAGUAUAUGGCCAAUAUACCACGGCUAAGGGUUGUUCUUAAGCACAACACAACGCGGAGUGCCUGGAUACAAUAUACUCUUAGCGGUGAUAUAUUGGCCAUAUACCACAAACCCCAGAGGUGCCUUAUUGCUAUUAUAAACUGGUUACCAACUUAAUUAGAGCAGUAAAAAUAAUUGUUUUGUCAUACCUGUGGUAUAUGGUCUGAUAUACCACAGCUGUCAGCCAAUCAGCAUUCAGAGCUCGAACCACCCGGUUUCUAAAACAUAUUAUAAACUUGGUAAUUUGUGUCGUGCCUAAGAACAGCCCUUAGCCGUGUUAUAUUGGCCAUAUACCACACCCCCUUGGCCUUAUUGCUUAAUUAUAAUAUGUUUGGACGUUUUUGUUUUGUAGUGUGACGCUAAGCUAGAGAAACAACAGCUUCAACCUCAGAUUGUUUUGGCAUGUAAUAAUUGGUUUCUAUAGCCACAGUAACAGUGUAUCUCUCAACCUUGGCUGAGAGUUGACCAAGUCAGAGGAGCCAGACCCAGAAUCAGUAAUGCGUCCUAUGAGAGAUACGCUUCCAUAAAGGAUAUGAUCAUUCAUCAUACAGACAUGCAUUCGAGUUCACAGACUACUGUUUGAAAAUAUUAUUCCUCAUACACCAUGUGAAUUCCCAAGUCCCACUAUCUAUACGUCUGCUCUCCAAGGUUCUCCCACCCCCAUGGUGACGUGGCUGAAAGAGGAGUCUGCUGAGGACGUGUUGUGGAUCAAGCCAGACACUAAGGGCUAUAAGGUGGCCAGCUCUGGGCGCCAACACAGUCUCAUCCUCAUGGAUGUUGGCUCUAAGCACGCAGGCACAUACACCUGCAUCGCCACCAACAGGGCCGGACAGUCCAUCUGCACUGCCCAAUUUGAGGUGGAGGAUGGUGAGAAACUGAACGAUAUACUGUACUUGGUUUGUUUGUUUGGAUCCCCAUUAGCUGUUACAAUAGCAACAGCUAUUAUUUAUUUGGGUCCACAAUACAUAUUACGGAAACAGCAAAACAUACUGAUACUUGCUUUUAUAAUCAUACAUAAUAUAGAUGAAUGUAGUAAAUGCGUGGCAGACAGAAAGUUCUAAUUUGAAACAUUCCUUAUUUAUUAUCUGCUUUCUGUCAUAGCACCACGACCAAAGGAAGAGAAAACAAUCCCUCUGGGGAUUACUAUCAGCCCUCCAGAAGAAGAUGUUGGCAGAGGAAAAAUGCAGUAUCUAGGUGAAGUUGGAACAGAAGAGUUCCUUAUGAAGCUCACCUCCCAGAUCACGGAGAUGGUAUCUGCCAAGUUCAGCCAAGGUGAGUGAAAAUGUGUCAUGGGCUGUUCCAUCAAAGCUCCAAAAUAGGGGACAGUUAGAACAUUUUCUUAUUUGAUUUAAAGAAAUGUUCUUCCACUCUUUGUGUGGAUUUAAGAUAAAGUAAAAUGCACUUUGUGAUUGCAUUAGAAUUUAUUUAGAUUUUACAUGUUACCUAUAAUUUUCCUAUAGUUUCUUAUAGAAUAGGUUAAAGUAAUGUAAUAUUAAUAUCUGGGAAAUGGGGAUAUAAUGGUGCAAUACAACCUGAUGUAUUGUACAGUUUGUGUGUGCUUUUAUUGCAGGCAAAACUUUAACCUCUGUAUAUCUCUGGUAAUACAGAGAAGGUUAUUAUAUUGUUUUAAUAGCACAUUAUAUAUAUAUACAGUGAGGGAAAAAAGUAUUUGAUCCCCUGCUGAUUUUGUAAGUUUUCCCACUGACAAAGAAAUGAUCAGUCAAUUUGAACAGUGAGAGACAGAAUAACAACAAAAAAAUCCAGAAAAACGCAUGUCAAAAAUGUUAUGAAUUGAUUUGCAUUUUAAUGAGGGAAAUAAGUAUUUGACCCCCUCUCAAUCAGAAAGAUGUCUGGCUCCCAGGUGUCUUUUAUUCAGGUAACGAGCUGAGAUUAGGAGCACACUCUUAAAGGGAGUGCUCCUAAUCUCAGUUUGUUACCUGUAUAAAAGACCUGUCCACAGAAGCAAUCAAUCAAUCAGAUUCCAAACUCCCCACCAUGGCCAAGAUCAAAGAGCUCUCCAAGGAUGCCAGGGACAAGAUUGUAGACCUACACAAGGCUGGAUGGGCUACAAGACCAUCGCCAAGCAGCUUGGUGAGAAGGUGACAACAGUUGGUGUGAUUAUUCGCAAAUGGAAGAAACACAAAAUAACUGUCAAUCUCCCUCGGCCUGGGGCUCCAUGCAAGAUCUCACCUCGUGGUGUUGCAAUGAUCAUGAGAACGGUGAGGAAUCAGCCCAAAACUACACGGGAGGAUCUUGUCAAUGAUCUCAAGGCAGCUGGGACCAUAGUCACCAAGAAAACAAUUGGUAACACACUACGCCGUGAAGGACUGAAAUCCUGCAGCGCCCGCAAGGUCCCCCUGCUCAAGAAAGCAAAUAUACAGGGCCGUCUGAAGUUUGCCAAUGAACAUCUGAAUGAUUCAGAGGAUAACUGGGUGAAAGUGUUGUGUUCAGAUGAGACCAAAAUGGAGCUCUUUGGCAUCAACUCAACUCGCCGUUUUUGAAGGAGGAGGAAUGCUGCCUAUGACCCCAAGAACACCAUCAAACAUGGAGGUGGAAACAUAAUGCUUUGGGGGUGUUUUUCUGCUAAGGGGACAGGACAACUUCACUGCAUCAAAGGGACGAUGGACGGGGCCAUGUACCGUCAAAUCCUGGGUGAGAACCUCCUUCCCUCAGCCAGGGCAUUGAAAAUGGGUCGUGGAUGGGUAUUCCAGCAUGACAAUGACCCAAAACACACAGCCAAGGCAACAAAGGAGUGGCUCAAGAAGAAGCACAUUAAGGUCCUGGAGUGGCCUAGCCAGUCUCCAGAUCUUAAUCCCAUUGAAAAUCUGUGGAGGGAGCUGAAGGUUCGAGUUGCCUAACGUCAGCCUUGAAACCUUAAGAUCUGCAAAGAGGAGUGGAACAAAAUCCCUCCUGAGAUGUGUGCAAACCUGGUGGCCAACUACAAGAAACGUCUGACCUCUGUGAAUGCCAACAAGGGUUUUGCCACCAAGUACUAAGUCAUGUUUUGCAGAGGGGUCAAAUACUUAUUUCCCUCAUUAAAAUGCAAAUCAAUUUAUAACAUUUUUGACAUGAGUUUUUCUGGAUUUUGUUGUUGUUAUUCUGUCUCUCACUGUUAAAAUAAACCUACCAUUAAAAUUAUAGGCUGAUCAUGUCUUUGUCAGUGGGCAAAGAUAAAAAAAUCAGCAGGGGAUCAAAUACUUUUUUCCCUCACUGUAUAUAUACAGUGCUAUGAAAAAGUAUUUGCCCCUUUUUUUCUACUUUUGCAUAUUUGUGAUACUGAAUGUUAUCAGAUCUUCAACCAAAACCUAAUAUUAGAUAAAGGGAACAUAAGUGGACAAAUAACAAAACAAUUACAUAUUUAUUUCAUAAACAAAGUUAUGCAACACCCAAUUCCCCUGUGUGAAAAAGUAAUUGCCCCCAUUUAGCUGCAAUGACUCCAACCAAACUUGGGGCUCCCGAGUGGCGCAGUGGUCUAAGGCACUGCAUCUCAGUGCUUGAGGCUUCACUACAGACCCCCUGGUUCGAUUCCAGGCUGUAUCACAACCGGCCGUGAUUGGGAGUCCCAUAGGGCGGUGUAGGCCGUCAUUGUACAUAAGAAUUUGUUCUUAACUGACUUGCCUAGUUAAAUAAAAUAAAAAUAAAAAAUGCUUCCUGUAGUUGUUGAUCAGUCUCUCACGUCGCUGUGGAGGAAUUUUGGCCCACUCUUCCAUGCAGAACUGCUUUAAAUCAGUGACGUGUGGGUUUUCAAGCAUGAACUGCUCGUUUCAAGUCCUGCCACAACAUCUCAAUUGGGAUUAGGUCUGGAUUUUGACUAGGCCAUUCCAAAACUUCCAAUUUGUUGCUUUUUAGCAAUUUUCAUGUAGACUUGAUUGUGUGUUUUGGAUCAUUGUCUUGCUGCAUGACCCAGCUGCGCUUCAGCUGCAUUCCACAGUAAGAACAUCAUACCAAAGGUCAAGCAUGGUGGUGGUGUGAUGGUUUGGGGAUGCUUUUCUGCCUCAGGACCUGGACGACUUGCCUUAAUAGAAGGAACCAUGAAUUCUGCUCUGUAUCAGAGAAUUCUACAGGAGAAUGUCAGACCAUCCGUCUGUGAGCUGAAGCUGAAGCGCAGCUGGGUCAUGCAGCAAGACAAUGAUCCAAAAACACACAAUCAAGUCUACAUGAAAAUUGCUAAAACUCGGGAGCCCCAAGUUUGGUUGGAGUCAUUGCAGCUAAAGGUGGCACAACCAGUUAUUGAGUGUAAGGGGGCAAUUACUUUUUCACACAGGGGAAUUGGGUGUUGCAUAACUUUGUUUAUGAAAUAAAUGAAAUAAAUUGUUGUGUUAUUUGUUCACUUAUGUUCCCUUUAUCUAAUACUAGGUUUUGGUUGAAGAUCUGAUAACAUUCAGUAUCACAAAUAUGCAAAAGUAGAGAAAAUUAGAAAGGGGGCAAUUACUUUUUCAUAGCACUGUAUAUACAGUGGUGGGAAAAAAGUAUUUAGUCAGCCACCAAUUGUGCAAGUUCUCCCACUUAAAAAGAUGAGAGAGGCCUGUAAUUUUCAUCAUAGGUACACGUCAACUAUGACAGACAAAUGGAGGAAAAAAAAUAUCCAGAAAAUCACAUUGUAGGAUCUUUUAUGAAUUUAUUUGCAAAUUAUGGUGGAAAAUAAGUAUUUGGUCCCUACAAACAAGCAAGAUUUCUGGCUCUCACAGACCUGUAACUUCUUCUUUAAGAGGCUCCUCUGUCCUCCACUCGUUACCUGUAUUAAUGGCACCUGUUUGAACUUGUUAUCAGUAUAAAAGACACCUGUCCACAACCUCAAACAGUCACACUCCAAACUCCACUAUGGCCAAGACCAAAGAGCUGUCAAAGGACACCAGAAACAAAAUUGUAGACCUGCACCAGGCUGGGAAGACUGAAUCUGCAAUAGGUAAGCAGCUUGGUUUGAAGAAAUCAACUGUGGGAGCAAUUAUUAGGAAAUGGAAGACAUACAAGACCACUGAUAAUCUCCCUCGAUCUGGGGCUCCACGCAAGAUCUCACCCCGUGGGGUCAAAAUGAUCACAAGAACGGUGAGCAAAAAUCCCAGAACCACACGGGGGGACCUAGUGAAUGACCUGCAGAGAGCUGGGACCAAAGUAACAAAGCCUACCAUCAGUAACACACUACGCCGCCAGGGACUCAAAUCCUGCAGUGCAAGACAUGUCCCCCUGCUUAAGCCAGUACAUGUCCAGGCCCGUCUGAAGAUUGCUAGAGUGCAUUUGGAUGAUCCAGAAGAGGAUUGGGAGAAUGUCAUAUGGUCAGAUGAAACCAAAAUAUAACUUUUUGGUAAAAACUCAACUCAUCGUGUUUGGAGGACAAAGAAUGCUGAGUUGCAUCCAAAGAACACCAUACCUACUGUGAAGCAUGGGGGUGGAAACAUCAUGCUUUGGGGCUGUUUUUCUGCAAAGGGAUCAGGACGACUGAUCCGUGUAAAGGAAAGAAUGAAUGGGGCCAUGUAUCGUGAGAUUUUGAGUGAAAACCUCCUUCCAUCAGCAAGGGCAUUGAAGAUGAAACGUGGCUGGGUCUUUCAGCAUGACAAUGAUCCCAAACACACCGCCCUGGCAACGAAGGAGUGGCUUCGUAAGAAGCAUUUCAAGGUCCUGGAGUGGCCUAGCCAGUCUCCAGAUCUCAACCCCAUAGAAAAUCUUUGGAGGGAGUUGAAAGUCUGUGUUGCCCAGCGACAGCCCCAAAACAUCACUGCUCUAGAGGAGAUCUGCAUGGAGGAAUGGGCUAAAAUGGGCUAAAAUACCAGCAACAGUGUGUGAAAACCUUGUGAAGACUUACAGAAAACGUUUGACCUGUGUCAUUGCCAACAAAGGGUAUAUAACAAAGUAUUGAGAAACUUUUGUUAUUGACCAAAUACUUAUUUUCCACCAUAAUUUGCAAAGAAAUUCAUUACAAAAUCCUACAAUGUGAUUUUCUGGAUUUUUCUUCUCCUCAUUUUGUCUGUCAUAGUUGAUGUGUACCUAUGAUGAAAAUUACAGGCCUCUCUCAUCUUUUUAAGUGGGAGAACUUGCACAAUUGGUGGCUGACUAAAUACUUUUUUUCCCCCACUGUAUAUACACUACCGUUCCAAAGUUUGGGGUCACUUAGAAAUGUCCUUGUUUUCGAAAGUAUCUGGAGCAUCAGAAAUGGUGGGUUCGAUUACAGGCUCAAAAUGGCCAGAAACAAAUAACUUUCUUCUGAAACUCGUCAGUCUAUUCUUGUUCUGAGAAAUGAAGGCUAUUCCAUGCGAGAAAUUGCCAAGAAACUGAAGAUCUCGUAAUCUUUUAUUUUUAUUGGCCAGUCUGAGACAUUUAUUUUCUUCUUUGCAACUCUGCCUAGAAGGUCAGCAUCCCGGAGUCGCCCCUUCACUGUUGACGUUGAGACUGGUGUUUUGCGGGUAUUAUUUAAUGAAGCUGCCAGUUGAGGACCUUUGAGGCGCCUGUUUCUCAAACUAGACACUCUAAUGUAUUUGUCCUCUUGCUCAGUUGUGCACCGGAGCCUCCCACUCCUCUUUCUAUUCUGGUUAGAGCCAGUUUGCGCUGUUCUGUGAAGGGAGUAGUACACAGCGUUGUACAAGAUCUUCAGUUUCUUGGCAAUUUGGAAUAGCCUUCAUUUCUCAGAACAAGAAUAGACUGACGAGUUUCAGAAGAAGGUUCUUUGUUUCUGGCCAUUUUGAGCCUGUAAUCGAACCCACAAUUGCUGAUGCUCCACAUACUCAACUAGUCUCAAGAAGGCCAGUUUUAUUGCUUCUUUAAUCAGCACAACAGUUUUCAGCUGUGCUCACAUAAUUGCAAAAGGUUUUUCUAAUGAUCAAUUAGCCUUUUAAAAUGAUAAACCUGGAUUAGCAAACACAACGUGCCAUUGGAACACAGGACUGAUGGUUGCUGAUAAUGGGCCUCUGUACGCCUAUGUAGAUAUUCCAUUAAAAAUCAGCCAUUUCCAGCUACAAUAGCCAUUUACAACAUUAACAAUGUCUACACUGUAUUUCUGAUCAAUUUGAUGUUAUUUUAAUGGACAAAAAAAUUGCUUUUCUUUCGAAAACAAGGACAUUUCUAAGUGACCCCAAACUUUUGAACGGGAGUGUAAGUCUCUAAUAUUGCCAUUGAUAAAGUCUAAAUUCAAAUUGUAUAUCUACAUUACCUUUGUAAUGCUGUCAUAAACACUAUAAGCAAUCUGUCAUUACACUUCAUCACAGUUUAUGUAAUGUUAUGACAAGUUACUCUCAUCCCACAUGGAGUCCAACAGGCAAAGGGCCAGCUAACACACCAGCUACACCGCUGCAAAACAGCUCAAAGAAAUUAACAGCUCAAAGAAAAUGUCAUGCACAUUGCCUCUUGCUGCUCGCCAUUUUCUUUGUGUUCAUAUAAUCAAGUAUGCUUUGUUCUCUUUCUUCGCACUCACUAAUACUUGUUCUGCUUGUGUUUUGAGCAAUGUGUGGAUUCCUACACCUUGUCCUCCCUUAUGACCGACAGACAUGGAUUGUCAUUGCUUCAUUUCAUCAUCCUUCAGCCCUCCAUCCAUCCAUUAAUUCACUCACAUGCUCUCAUCCAAUCGUUAAUUUGUUAUUCAGACAGCGCACAGAACCAUCAAGUGCUCCAGUGGAUGAAAUCAUGGCCCAAAGCCUCCAGUAUGUAUCCACAGUACAUAAAGAUCUCAGCUACUCUCACUGAAAACCAUACAUUCUUUACACAAGUUAGUGAGUGUCCUCUUAUGUUCUAUGUCCUCCUCUCUGCAUCUGUCUCUACCUGUCUGACUUGGAUUGGAUUUAUUGAAUUUAAAAGAGGAGAACUACUUGGCAUGAAACAGGGGUUAGUGACAUCCCUCUGUUCGUGUUAUAUGACAGUGAGAAUAUCUUGGCUAUCACCAGCGGUGAUGACUUGUAGAGUUGACAUUAACAUACAGUAUUUCACAGUUCAAGACUCAUUAACAUUUUUUGAAACAAAAUGGUCAGAAUUCCAUUGUAUAGUGGUGGACAAAACUAUCAUCAAAACAGUUCCAUUAUUCUGCUGCCAUAUCAGUAUAACAAAGAAUAUAUAUACGUGGUCAAACAUCUCUCCCUUAAUGUUUUUGUGCUCCAUGAUAUUUAUUUGAUGCAUUAGUAGAAGAAGUUUUGUCUUGGCAAAGCAGUGAUUAACUGAGCACAUGAUUCAAAUGGCUUUGAAGUGAUACUCAGCACAGCAUAUAGCUGGAAUACAUGCCUACACUCAGACAUGUAUGGACACAACUUAAGACCCCACGUCUUAUUUGUACAGUAUCUUUCUUAUGCAUGCAUUUAGUGUACUAACUAGUUUGUAAUAGUGAAAAGUAUUUAAUCAAAUAACUUGUGCUGUAGCAGCAAAACUGUUGAUGGCACUAAUGUGUAGCUUAGCUAACCUUUUGAGUAAUCUUGAUAAUUGAUUGUGCUGACUUUAAAAGAAACAGUUAUGCCAGUGAUAAUAAAAGAGAAAAUAUCCACCUUAUUUUACGGGUCAAGAAGCGAAAGCUACACAUUCCAGGUGGUCUGUGGAUGUUUCAGUGCCCAAUUCCGCCUUUCUGUGUGUACAGUACUAGGCCUAUGUACAGGUAACUGCCAAAAUAAAGGCAACACGUGCGUAAAUGAGGGAUACUAUUGACGCUUAAUGUAGGUGUUUCCUUUAUUUUGGCAGUUACAUGUAUAUACUGUGAUAUGUGGAGGUGUGUGUGUUGUAUGCUCUCCUGGCUGUCUCCCUCUGAAACCCCCCCCCCCCCCCCCCCUUGCUGCCCCAGCCUCACUACGUGUCCCGGGAGGCGAUAGUGACGAUGAGACCAAGACACCCUCCGCCUCACCCCACCACGGUCGCUCUCGCCACGGCUCCAUUCUCGCUGACUCCUCCUCUGAGUCUGACGACCCUGAUGCCAGGGGAGAGGUAUGGAACCAUAGAAAAUGAUCUGUCAUUCCGGUUCUUUGUUUGGAACACCUCAGUAUCACAUCACUCAUACUGGGUCCUCUCUAAUGACUCUGAAGUUUUUUCUCUUUCUUAUAUUUUUGACUGGAUUUGCAGACUACUUACUUGACUUAUUCCUUUUAGCUCCUAGUGCAGCAAAGGGCCUCAACUGGCCUGCAUCUCCAGCGAACCCAGUUCUGGACAAAUCUCUUAUAAAUACAAUUACGUUUUUUCAUCCAAGUCACUCUACCAAUGUAAGCGCUUAUAACCAUGUUAGAUAAGACUUUGUGUCUGAUGUGCGACUCCUUCUACAGAUGUUUGACAUCUAUGUGGCUACGGCUGACUACAACCCCACCAUUGCCAACAAAGAUACCAUUUCCCUGAAGGAGGGCCAGUAUGUUGAGGUUCUGGACUCGGCACAUCCACUCAAAUGGCUGGUCCGGACCAAACCCACCAAAACCACUCCAUCCCGCCAAGGCUGGGUCUCACCUGCCUACCUGGAUAAGAAACUUAAGGUGUGUUUCAAGAUCCAAGUAAUUGCUUUAGCACCAAUAUUGUACAUCGACCUCUCUACUCUCUUGACCCUAUUUUUGUUAAAUGUUAUUGUGUUCUUAAUAUUAUUUUAAACUAUUGUGUUCUAGCUGUCUGCUGAUGCUGGUGACAUCCCAGAGUCAGGUGGAGAAGAGGUAUCAGAAGGAGAGUACAGGAAGAGACUACUGUGAGUCUGGAACUUCUCACACUCUCUUCUAUUAGGGCCAAAACUUCACCUGAGAUCUGACUGCCAUGUAACUCAGACUUUCACACAAAUCAUCUUGAUUCGAGAAUGAAUAAAAAAAGUUUAAAAAAAAAGUAGUUAGGAUUCGGCUCCGCAUGCACAAGCGAGAAACACCACAACACUCAACGACACCCCAUAAUAACCACAAUGUUCUGUCAUCCUCAGCCAACUGAUUCAAGACAUGAUCAACAGCGAGGCAGAGUUUGUCAAAGAGAUGGACUUCUUCACCUCCCACCACGUCAAGCAAGUGGAGAGUCCUGACGCCCCAUCUGACGUCACCAGCCAGAAGGAGGCCAUAUUCAGGAACAUCAACGAGAUCAAGGCCUUCCAUAGCGAGUAAGUACAGCUGGCUGGUUUUUUGGCCCGUCUUUAAACAAACUUCAACUUUUAAGGAUUAAUGAAGCUUUCAUAAACCCUUUAUAAGGCCUGUAUAUAUGCUUCAGAAAUCACCUAACUGGUUCUAUUGCAUUGAUGUUUUGUCAUUAUAUAAUACCAUACCAAUACAAAACAUUAGGAACACCUGCUCUUUCCAUGACAUAGACUGACCAGGUGAAUCCAGCUGAAAGCUAUGAUCCCUUAUUGAUGUCACUUGUUAAAUCCACUUCAAUCAGUGUAGAUGAAGGGGAGGAGACAGGUUAAAGAAUGAUUUUAAGCGUUGAGACAAUUGAGACAUGGAUUGUGUAUGUGUGCCAAUCAGUGGGUGACUGGGCAAGAAAAAAUAUUUGAGUGCCUUUGAACGGGGUAUGGUAGUAGGUGCCAGGCGCACUGGUUUGAGUGUGUCAAGAACUGCAACGCUGCUGGGUUUUUCACGCUCAACAGUUUCCUGUGUGUAUCAAGAAUGAUCCACCACCCAAAGGACAUCCAACCAACUUGACACAACUGUGGGAAGCAUUGGAGUCAACAUGGGCCAGCAUAGAGUAAAUUACACAAGUGCAUCUUGUGCUGAGGACAAUAAAAGGCCACUCUAAAAUGUGCAGUUUUGUCAAUCAACACAAUGCCACAGAUGUUUCAAGUUUUGAGGGACAGUGCAAUUGGCAUUCUGACUGCAGGAAUGUCCACCAGAGCUGUUGCCAGAGAAUUGAAUGUUAAUUUCUCUACCAUAAGCCGCCUCCAACGUCAUUUCAGAGUAUUUGGCAGUACGUCCAACCGGCCUCACAACUGCAAACCACGUGUAUAGCGUUGUGUGGGUGAGCGGUUUGCUGAUGUCAACGCUGUGAACAGAGUGCCCCAUGGUGAUGGUGGGGUUUAUGGAAUGGGCAGGCAUAAGUUAUGGACAACAAACACAAUUGCAUUUUAUUGAUGGCAAUUUGAAUGCACAUCGAUACCGUGAUGAGAUCCUGAGGCCCAUUGUCGUGCCAUUCAUCCACCGCCAUCACCUCAUGUUUCAGCAUAAUAAUGCAUGGCCCCAUGUCACAAGGAUUUGUACAGAUUUCCUGGAAGCUGAAAAUGUCAAAGUUCUUCCAUGGCCUGCAUACUCACCAGACGUCACCUAUUGAGCAUGUUUGGGAUGAUCUGGAUCGACGUGUACGAUGGCAUGUUCCAGUUCCCGCCAAUAUCCAGCAACUUCACAGAGCCAUUGAAGAGGAGUGGGACAACAUUCCACAGGCCACAAUCAACAGCCUGAUCAACUUUAUGCGAAGGAGAUGUGUUGCGCUGCAUGAAAAAAAUGGUGGUCACACCUUAUGUGAACUAUAAUGCAGUAAAAUCUUUGAAAUUGUUGCAUGUUGCGUUUAUAUUCUUGUUCCAUAUACUUGUUUACUGUUCUAUUUAUCUUGGUAACCGGUUUGUAAAAGCAAUAAGGCACCUCUGGGGCUUGCGUCAUGCCUAAAGGUUGCGUAAGAACAACCCUUAGCCGUGAUAUAUUGGCCAAAAUAUCACACCACCUCAGGGUUUAUUGCUUAAAUAUACUAGUAAUAAUUAAAUGUCUCACAAAGCUGCUGAAUGAAUUGACCCCAUACUGUGUGUUGUUCAGGUCCAUGCUCCCUAAGUUGAGCCACUGCGACACUGAUGACGACGUGGCCAUGCGCUUCCUGAGGAGUGGUGAGGGCUUUGAGAAAUACCUCCAGUACCUCGUAGGCCAGCAAAAGGCAGAGGCCGCUAUCAGUGACAAGACCGUACACCGCUUCUUCAAGGUAAGUAAACCCAUCACAAAUACUGUUAGCACAAAUGGUCAUUAAUGUGUAAGUGUUGUCAUCUUUCUGAUUAUGAAGGCUGGCUGAUGUAAGGCUAGUAACGGCCACAUUUCUAAACCCUGUUGUCUUUGUCACAGGAAUACACAGACAAAGAGCAGGCCAGUGCCGACCCUGCUGAAGGUCAUGUACUGAGCAUCAACGCCUACCUACAGAAACCUCUGGACAGAAUCCAGAAGUACAAGGCCUUGCUCAAGGUGAGAGUUCACCAUUUAAUGCUGUAAAGAGGGUAUUCUUUGUUCGUUUUCACACACUAGGAAUUAAUGCACCAGAGCCUGGAUUGUCAUAUGUUUUUAUGUUAUACAAUCUUGUUGGAAUAUUACUGUUAUUAUUAUCUUAAAUCGUUGUGCCCAUUUCUGUGACUGUAGGAGCUGAUCAGGAACAAGGCCAGGAACGGUCAGAACUGCUGCCUGCUGGAGGAGGCCUAUGCCAUGGUGUCAUCACUGCCUCAGCGUUCAGAGAACACACACCACGUCUCCAUGAUAGAGAACUACCCUGCCACUCUGGAUGUAUUGGGGGAGCCCAUCAGACAGGUGAAUAACCAAAAUCCAUUUGCUUCCGUUUGGUGCCUAGUGAAUACGACCAUAUUCUUGAGGAUGUUCAACUAAUUUUGUUUGAGUCCGCAGCCUAUGUGACGGUGUUGUGUUUUGUGACAGGGACCCUUCAUGGUGUGGGAGGGUGCACCUGGGGUAAGGUCCUCCUCCAGAGGUCACCAUCGACACGCGUUCCUCUUCAAAAACUAUGUCAUCAUCUGCAAAUCCAAGAGAGACACCAACACAGACACCCAGGGCUACGUCUUUAAGAACAUGAUGAAGGUAAGACUCUCUUCAUUGCUCUUUCUAAAAACUCCAGAUGUAACUCAGCAUGUCUAUCCACUGAAACAAGUCACUAGAGAAUUAGUCAACUCUAAAUACCAGACAAUUCCAAUCAGUUAUUCAGGGUUGGCAUAGUAAUAGAUUAUUGCUGCUGGAGAGAAUAUAUUGUCAUUGUCACACUUCCUAUGACAUGAAAAGAAAGAAUUUCCUAACAGAUAAAUAAAUCAAGUCCAUCAUUAGUCUUGAGGAUGACUACUGUUUCUUUCUGUCUUCUCCCUAGCUGAACAACAUAGAUGUGAAUGAGACAGUGGAGGGUGACGACCGGGCCUUUGAGAUCUGGCACGAGCGUGAGGACUCUGUCAGGAAGUACACGCUGCAGGCUCGCACUGUCAUCAUCAAGAACUCCUGGCUGCGAGACCUCAGGGACCUGCAGCAGCGCUACACCAUGCCUGCCUGGAGUGAGUCUGACACACACAUUCACUCAGAUCCACCCGACACACACAGCACAUCAAAUCAAAUCAAAUCAAUCAAAUCAAAUGCAAAUAGUCCGGGUAGCCAUAAUUAGCUGUUCAGGAGUCUUAUGGCUUGGGGGUAGAAGCUGUUAAGAAGUCAUUUGGACCUAAACUUGGCGCUCCUGUACCGCUUGCCGUGCUGUAGCAGAGAGAACAGUCUAUGACUAGGGUGGCUGGAGUCUUUGAUAAUUUUUAGGGCCUUCCUCUGACACCGCCUGGUAUAGAGGUCCUGGAUGGCAGGAAGCUUGGCCCCAGUGAUGUACUGGGCCGUACGCACUACCCUCUGUAGUGCCUUGCGGUCGGAGGCCGAGCAGUUGCCAUACCAGGCGGUGAUGCAACCAGUCAGGUGCUCUCGAUGGUGCAGCUGUAUAACUUUUUGGGGAUCUGAGGACCCAUGCCAAAUCUCUUCAGUCUCCUGAGGGGGAAUAGGCUUUGUCAUGCCCUCUUCAUGACAGUCUUGGUGUGUUUGGACCAUGAUAGUUUAUUGGUGAUGUGGACACCAAGGAACUUGAAGCUCUCAACCUGUUCCACUACAGCCCUGUUGAUGAGAAUUGGGGCGUGCUCAGUCCUCUUUUUUUCCUGUAGUCCACAAUCAUCUCCUUUGUCUUGAUCACGUUGAGGCAGAGGUUGUUAUCCUGGCACCACACUGCCAGGUCUCUGACCUCCUUCCUAUAGGCUGUCUCAUCGUUGUCAGUGAUCAUGCAUACCACUGUUGUGUCGUCGGCAAACUUAAUGAUGGUGUUGGAGUCGUGCCUGGCCAUGCAGUCAUGGGUGAACAGGGAGUACAGGAGGGGACUGAGCACGCACCCCUGAGGGGCCCCCGUGUUGAGGAUCAGCUUGGCAGAUGUGUUGUUACCUACCCUUACCACCUGGGGGCGGCCUGUCAGGAAGUCCAGGAUCCAGUUGCAGAGGGAGGUGUUUAGUCCUAGGGUCCUUAGCUUAGUGAUGAGCUUUGAGGGCACUAUGGUGUUGAACGCUGAGCUGUAGUCAAUGAAUAGCAUUCUCACAUAAGUGUUCCUCUUGUCCAGGUGGGAAAGGGCAGUGUGGAGUGCAAUAGAGAUUGCAUCCUGUGUGGAUCUGUUGGGGCGGUAUGCAAAUUGGAGUGGGUCUAGGGUUUCUGGGAUAAUGGUGUUGAUGUUAGCCAUGACCAGCCUUUCAAAGCACUUCAUGGCUACAGACGUGAGUGCUACGGGUCGGUAGUCAUUUAGGCAGGUUAUCUUAGUGUCCUUGGGCACGGGGACUAUGUUGGUCUGCUUGAAACAUGUUGGUAUUACAGACUCACUCAGGGACAUGUUGAAAAUGUCAGUGAAGACACUUGCCAGUUGGCCAGCGCAUGCUCGGAGUACACGUCCUGGUAAUCCGUCUGGCCCUGCGGCCUGGUGAAUGUUGACCUGUUUAAAGGUCUUUCUCACGUCGGCUACAGAGAGCUUGAUCACAUAGUCAUCUGGAACAGCUGAUGCUCUCAUGCAUGCUUCAGUGUUGCUUGCCUUGAAGCGAGCAUAGAAGUGAUUUAGCUCGUCUGGUAGGCUUGUGUCACUGGGCAGCUCGCGGCUGUGCUUCCCUUUGUAGUCUGUAAUAGUUUUCAAGCCCUGCCACAUCCGACGAGCGUCAGAGCCAGUGUAGUACGAUUCAAUCUUAGUCCUGUAUUGACUCUUUGCCUGUUUGAUGGCUCGUCGGAGGGCAUAGCGGGAUUUCUUAUAAGCGUCCGGUUAGAGUCCCUCUCCUUGAAGGCGGCAGCUCUACCCUUUAACUCAGUGCGGAUGUUGCCUGUAAUCCAUGGCUUCUGGUUGGGGUACGUACGGUCACUGUGGGGACGACGUCAUCGAUGCACUUAUUGAUGAAGCCAGUGACUGAUGUGGUGUACUCCUCAAUGCUAUCGGAAGAAUCCCGGAACAUGCGCACACACACACACACACGCACGCACACACAUUCACUCAGAUCUACCUGACAAACACAGUAGACAGAGGCAUAGUUUGACAUAGCAUAUUGUGAUUUAACCUUUAAUAUCAAACAAGUACUUUUUACAUACUAUGAAAUAGCAUACUAUAAUUUAAUCGAUAAUUGCAUAAAAUGUGUCAUCUCUCCACUCAGGAUUGAUUGAUGUGUAAAUCCAUCCCUAUAUCUGUCCAGGUAUGCCUGACUUUGAUGAGCUUCUGGCUGACUGCACAGCGGAGCUGGGACAGACGGUGAAACUGGCCUGCAAGGUUACUGGAGUGCCCAAACCUGUGGUCACUUGGUACAAGGGUAAGAGACGCACCAGCAAGACCACUGUGCGAAACCACGCAAUAGCUGUGCAUACAGUGCAUGUUUGUUUUUCUCUACAUAGCCCAUACUCUGUUAAUGUUUUAGAGUUAGAAACAUCUCCUAUGUAACUACAUGUGUUAACACUGUUUCCUCCUCUGAUGACAGACGGGCGUGCAGUGGAGGCCGACCCUCACCACAUCAUCAUCGAGGACCCUGACGGUUCCUGCACCCUGAUCCUGGACAAUAUGACGGCUGAUGACUCUGGACAGUACAUGUGCUUCGCCACUAGCACAGCAGGCAACGCCAGCACUCUGGGAAAGAUCACUGUCCAAGGUCAGUCUCUAUUACAGAGGGGAAAUGACACCAACAUUACUCAUGAGAAUCAUUGAUAUACACAGAGUGUAUAAAACAUUAGGAACAUCUGCUCUUUCCAUGACAUAGACUGACCAGGUGAAUCCAGGUGAUAGCUAUGAUCCCUUAUUGAUGUCACUUGUUAAAUCCACUUCAAUCAAAUCAGUGUAGAUGAAGGGGAGGAGACAGGUUAAAGAAGGAUUUUUAAGCCUUGAGACAAUUGAGACAUGGAUUGUGUAUGUGUGCCAUUCAGAGGGUGAAUGGGCAAGACAUAUUUAGGUGCCUUUGAACGGGGUAUGGUAGUAGGUGCCAGGCGCACUGGUUUGAGUGUGUCAAGAACUACAACGCUGCUGGGUUUUUCAUGCUCAGCAGUUUUCCGUAUGAAGAAUGGUCCACCACCCAAAGGACAUCCAGCCAACUUGACAUGACUGUGGGAAGCAUUGGAGUCAACAUGGGCCAGCAUCCCUGUGAAACGCUUUUGACACCUUGUAGAGUCCAUGCCCCGAUGAAUUGAGGCUGCUCUGAGGGCAAAAGAGGGUGCAACUCAAUUUGAAGAAGGUGUUCCUAAUGUUUUGUACACUCAGUGUACAUGUCAACAGCAAAAGUGAUGGAUUCUUUGCUUUGGGGAAAAAAUCUAAGAUUCCAAGAAUCUAAAUUGUCUGGGAGGAAUGUUCAUCUUAUAACAAAAUAACCCUGUUUUCAAGAGUAACAAUUGUGUGUGUGUGUGUGUGCUGUAGUGCCUCCUCGUUUCGUGAACAAGAUGAGGAAUGCUGUCCUUAUCGUUGGUGAGGAUGCUCAGUUCUCCUGCACCAUUCAGAGCGCCCCCAGACCCAAGAUCAGGUACACUACACCACACCCUUCUACUAGGCUCUUUAAACUAACAACCCUUUAGUGACAGUGGACUGUUCCGUUUGUUUCUUCCUACUGUGGUCAUUAUGUUUCCCAUUCUUAAUAGUUAAUAUAUAAGCUAAUAAAUAAGUAUGCGUAAGGUAAUUAAUAUGAUCUCAAAAUGUCAUUUUCUGUGUGUCCCUGACCAGGUGGUUCAAGGAGGGCAGACUGCUGACUGACCAGGAGAAGUAUCAGACCUACACUGAGUCCCGUAGUGGAGUCCUGGUGCUGGUCAUUAAAGGCCCUACGGAGAGAGACCUGGGACACUACGAGUGUGAGGUAGGCCUAUAAUUCACCACCCCUCAGCUACAGCAUAUAUGGCCGGUUUCCCAGCCAGAUAAAGCCUAGUACUGGACUGAAAUACACUUUCAAUAGGGAUUCUUAAUCCAGGACUAGUCCUAAUAUGGGUCCAGGAAACCAUUCCAUACUGUUGUAAAAAAUUGGACUGCAAAGCACUGCGUGUGAAUUGCUGCUGCCAACCUACGUGUAUCACUUGUGAAUGAUCUAUAUAAAAUAAAAAAUAGAUACAGUACACAGUAGUAGUCACAUGUAACAGUAGUUACAUGAUUUGGAUGCUUGGCAUCCUCCAAAGAGGAUUGUUUUCAUGAGACAUUACAUUGAUAAGAUGAAGCCAUUGUUUCAGUAAGCCUAAUGUAUUCUCCUCCCCGCCCACCCUAGUUGUCCAAUCGACUGGGCAGUGCUAAAUGUGCAGUUGAUCUGUGCCUUCCUUCUGCUGUGGCUAGAAGAGGAGAGCAGGCCAUCACCAUCGAAGGUAGGAAUACUCCCAUUGUCACGUUCAUUCAUAGACGGGUCAGACCAAGGCGCAGCGUGAUAUGCAUACAUGUUUAUUUGAACCGAAUAAACAACGACAAAACAACAAACUAAACGAAACGUGAAGUCCAAGGUACACAAACAACAUACCUAACACGGAACAAGAUCCCACAACCCACUAGUGCCAAUAGGCUGCCUAAGUAUGGUCCCCAAUCAGAGACAACGAGCGACAGCUGCCUCUGAUUGGGAACCACACCGGCCAACAUAGAUCUAGAAAACCUAGAUCACAAACCUAGAAAAUCACACCCUGGCUCAACAAAUAAGAGUCCCCAGAGUCAGGGCGUGACAGUACCCCCCCCCCCCCCAAAGGUGCGGACUCCGACCGCACAACAUAAACAUAAAGCGUGACGACCUCUCACUCUUCGCCUCCCUGUUGCGCCCCUGGUCUGGUCUAGACCUCGGCGCGUUGCUUCCCCUCUCCUUCCUCCCAUUAUACUCCAAGCCCUGUCUGGACCCUGGUGUGGGAGACCCCGAACCUGGAGAGGGGCUGACGUCUGGGUCUGGACUGGAGCCGCUGACCGGAGCUGGACCGGGCACCGGUGGAGCGGACUGCUCAGGCUCCGGACUAGAGCCGCUGACCGGAGCUGGACUAGGCACCGGUGGAGCGGACUGCUCUGGCUCCGGAGUGGAGCUGCUGACCGGAUCUGGACUGGACCCCGGUGAAGCGGACUGCUCUGGCUCCGGAGUGGAGCAGCUGACCGGAGCUGGAUCAGGCACCGGUGGAGCGGACUGCUCUGGCUCCGGAGUGGAGCUGCUGACCGGAGCUGGAUUGGCUUGGUGCGAGGGGCAGGAACAGGCCAGGGCCGGGCUGGCGACGCGCCCCACUGGCUUGGUGCGAGGGUCAGGAACAGGCCGGACCGGGCUGGCGACGCGCACCACUGGCUUGGUGCGAGGGGCAGGAACAGGCCGGGCCGGGCUGGCGACGCGCACCACUGGCUUGGUGCGAGGGACAGGAACAGGCCGGACCGGGCUGGCGACGUGCACCACUGGCUUGGUGCGAGGGGCAGGAACAGGCCGGGCCGGGCUGGCGACGCGCACCACUGGCUUGGUGCGAGGGACAGAAACAGGCCAGACCGGGCUGGCGACGCGCACCACUGGCUUGGUGCGAGGGGCAGGAACAGGCCGGGCCGGGCUGGCGACGCGCACCACUGGCUUGGUGCGAGGGGCAGGAACAGGCCGGGCCGGGCUGGCAACGCGCACCACUGGUUUGGUGCGAGGGGCAGGAACAGGCCGGGCCGGGCUGGCGACGCGCACCACUGGCUUGGUGCGAGGGGCAGGAACAUGCCGGGCUGGCGACGCGCACCACUGGCUUGGUGCGAGGGACAGAAACAGGCCGGACCGGGCUGGCGACGCGCACCACUGGCUUGGUGCGAGGGGCAGGAACAGGCCGGGCCGGGCUGGCGACGCGCACCACUGGCUUGGUGCGAGGGGCAGGAACAAGCCGGGCCGGGCUGGCGACGCGCACCACUGGCUUGGUGCGAGGGGCAGGAACAGGCCGGGCCGGGCUGGCGACGCGCACCACUGUCUUGGUGCGAGGGGCAGGAACAGGCCGGGCUGGCGACGCACACCACUGGCUUGGUGCGAGGGGCAGGAACAGGCCGGGCCGGGCUGGCGACGCGCACCACUGGCUUGGUGCGAGGAGCAAGAACGGGUCGAGCCGUACUGGGAACACGCACCACUGGCUUAGUGCGGGGAGCAGGAACGGGCCGGACCGGACUGAAGACACGCACCACUUGCUUGGUGCGAGAAGCGGGACUGGGUUCCUUUAUUAACCCCGCUCCUUCUGCUGCCUAACCAGCUCCUCUCGCCGUGCCUCUACACUUUCCUUCUCCCUUUUAGCCUCCUGUAGCGCCUCCCUCUGACCGAAUAACUCCUGCUCCCUCUGAACCAAUAGCCCCCGUAAUAUGGUGGCCUCCUCUCCUAACCUGCAGAUUCGCCCUUCCACGGCCUCCUGCUGCCUCGUCGUCCACACCGUGUGCCCCCCCCAAAAAAAAUUAUUGGGGUUGCCUGUCGGGUCUCCGUCGUCUGCACUGUUGGCGCCGUUUCUCCUCUCUAUACCGGGCCUCCACUGUCUCCUCCCAAGGACGGCGAUUCAUCCCAGCCUGAAUCUCCUCCCAAGUCCAGGAUCCCUUACCGUCCAGGAUCUCCUCCCAGGUCCAGGCUGUCUGCUCCUGGACACGCUGCUUGGUCCUCGUUUGGUGGGAUCUUCUGUCACGUUCGUUCAUAGACGGGUCAGACCAAGGCGCAGCGUGAUAUGCAUACAUGUUUAUUUGAACCGAAUAAACAACGACAAAACAACAAACUAAACGAAACGUGAAGACCAAGGUACACAAACAACAUACCUCACACGGAACAAGAUCCCACAACCCACUAGUGCCAAUAGGCUGCCUAAGUAUGGUCCCCAAUCAGAGACAACGAGCGACAGCUGCCUCUGAUUGGGAACCACACCGGCCAACAUAGAUCUAGAAAACCUAGAUCACAAACAUAGAAAAUCACACCCUCGCUCAACAAAUAAGAGUCCCCUGAGUCAGGGCGUGACACCCAUUCAAACACAUACCGUUGUGCAUUAGUUUAAUAAUGUAACUAUUUUACCAGGACCUUCAAAUGUAGAGAAUGUAUGCUUUCAUUUCCAUAAGCCACGAUCAAACAAUUUAGAUGAUGUAGUAUUUUUGUAUAGACAUUAGCUAUCAAUUUAUCUGGCUAAAUCCAUAAGCCCCGUCCUGCUUUCCUUGCAGUCACCGAGCAGGAGACUAAAAUACCAAAGAAAACCAUCAUCAUGUAAGUGUGACCAGGUUAUGAUGCAGGCUAGAAGAAGCAUGUAUACUUGUGCGUGUCCUCCUUAGGCCUCUGCAUGCAUGGCCAGGAAGUAUUUGAACCCUGAGUGUGAGAGGGGCUCGUUCAACCCCAAAUAUAACUUCCAAUGAGCCGGCAUAUGGAAUGCAUAUGGAAUGGUUUGCAUUUUUUAUUUUUAUUUAUUUAACCUUUAUUUAACUAGGCAAGUCAUAAGGAAUGGUUGUUAAUAUUUUUUUGUGUCUGCACAUUUUCCUUAAUGUACUAUUGCAUAACAUGUUUGUAUGAGUAGACAAGACUCCACUUUGCUCUGUGUGUGUACAUGCUAAUUAACACCUUGCUUAUGUAGGCCUAUUAUGAAAACAGCAUGCCAACAAGCUGUUCUAUCCCUCUCACACACUCUCUGCUGUCUCUCUCAUACCCUCUGUGCUAUUCCUAGCAUACAUUACACUCUUAGAAAAAGGGUUCCAAAAGGGUUCUUCAGCUGUCCCCAUAGGAGAACCCUUUUGGUUCCAGGUAGAACUAUUUUGGGUUCUGUAUAGAACCCUCUGUGUAAAGGAUUCUACAUGGAACUCAAAAGGGAUCUAACUGGAACCAAAAAGGCUUCUUCAAAGGGUUCUCCUAUGGGGACAGCCAAAGAACCCUUUUAGGUUCUAGAUGACACUUUUUUUAAAAGAGUGUACCUUCUGGUCUGUCCAUCUCUAAAACCCUCUGUGCUGUGUCCCCUUCCAGAGAGGAGACCAUAACUACGGUGGUGAAGAACACCCGUAUGAAGCGUCGCGGCGUGUCUCCAUCCGGGUUCAACCGCUCCGAAACCUCCACCCCAGAUCUCCCCACCACCCCCACCGGCAUGGCCAGGCAGAGGAGGCAGGCUUCCGCCAGCAGGAAGACCACCAUCCCCACCCUGUACAUCACGGAGCCCGAGAGGGGCGCUGGGGCCCAGGCCGCAGAGAACAAGUGGGUGGAGGUAGAGGAAAUCAUUGAGUACAAGGUCAACAAGUCUCCCAGGCUAUCCAGGAGGAGAGGGGUCUCCCCAGCUGGAUCGGAGCGAGUGAACACCCCCUCCUCCACCCGGCCACGGAGGUCCCCGAACCCGAACGCCAACAACUCCAACAACAAGCUGGUAGAGCUGCAGAACCGAUCCGAGCUGCAGGGGGCUCAGCCUCUACCCUGGGAUGAGGAGGAGGAGGAUGAGAAUGUGGCUGGACCCAGUGGAGAGGCCUGCGAGGUCUCCUCUGUUCUAAUCCCUAACGACCAUGAACAUGAAGCCUGGCUAGAGGAGCAGCAAGAGACCUUCGUCACAGAACCGGAUGAUGAUGACAACAACAUGGAACCUCUCAGGAAGCUGGGGCCUAAGACCCUGACCCAGGCCGGUCGCGUUCUCACCCUGGAGGACCUAGAGGACUAUGUUCCCAGGGAGUGGGAGACCUACGGCUCCUCCAACACCAGCCCCUCCCCUGCCGAGAGACCCUGUGAGAUCUCUGUGCUUCAGAGGGAGAUUGGGGGCUCUGCCGUGGGCCAGCCGGUGCUGCUCAAUGUGGAGACGUCUGCGUGGGUGCUCAGGGAGAGGCACAGGCCUGGCUUCUUCAGCCGCUUUAGAGAGUACCUCUCAGGCAGCAUGUUCUCCAUGGCUGCCCACCCCCCACCACCACCACCCAAACGGAGGCCAGUCUAGAAGGGAGAGAGAGAUUCCCAUCCAGGUCAGCCACACCAAGCUAGAGGUCAAGCCUGCAUAUUGCUCUGAGGUGCAGAGAAUGGAGGGAGGGCAGCAGAGCUACAAAACCAAAGUCUACACGUCAGUGGGCAAGCCAGUCACUCUUCAGAUUAGCAAGAAGAACCCAUAUCAAAACCAAUAA